AUGCUGAGUCUCCAGCCUCCUGUCUUCUGCCUUCAGCAGCCUGUCAGCCAGAGUCGACGCUGUAUGUGCAGGAGACCCUCAUCUCCUACACUAACAGCUCUGACCACUGACAGCCUCAGGGGUUACUGUAGGACACUGCAGGUGCGUUCACAGUGCCUGCAAUGUCCUGAUACUACGUUUGAAGUCUUCAGCUAAACGUAGUGCACAUCAGGUUUGACUGAACCAGGAAGUCCCUCUAGUGGCCGUCUGAGUGACUGCCACUGGAGGUGUUCCUAGGCUGCAAUAUAAGCACUGUCUUUUCUCUAAAAAUACAGUGUUUACAUUAAAAGACCUGCGGGGAUCUACUAUACUCACCAGAACAACCUCAUUACGCUGAAGUUUUUCAGGUGACUAUAGUGUCCCUUUAACCCCUUAAGGACACAUGACGUGUGACGUCAUGAUUCUCUUUUAUUACAGAAGUUUGGUCCUUAAGGGGUUAAGGUCAAAAAAGCCAAACAGGAAAAAUUCUCUAAGCAAGUUAUGCUGCCAGUUCGACUACUCUGGCCUUAAAUGUGAAUUUCAUUUUUAAUUCUCCCUUUAGUAGCUAACUCUUUUAGAGUCUGUUAUUCAAUAUUCUGGUUAACGCUCCAGUUGAUAAAUGCCCCUUUACCAAUCCUAUUUACAAAGGUUCAUCCUUGGGAUUUCUCAGUGCCACUAUUGCAGCAAGGGUGGUUCUCUAAGAGGAAUGGCUAUUUCUACUUUAAAUUCUCUUUUUAAUGGGUUUUGGUAUGAUAACCUCAAGAGAGAAAAAGAAAGAUAAACAAGGAAGACAUCAAUGUCCAAACUCGUGUAAACACACUACUUUAUUGAGAAUGCUUAAAUAGGCAUCCAUUGCCAUCAAAAAAGUUUAAAUAAUCAAAAGAAAAAGAAAAAAGUUCUGUAAGCUUAUCGCCGCACCCUGAAUAGAACUUAUACCAAAAAGAAUUCAAAAAUUGUCUGAAAAGAUCCCCAGAGAAGAAUUAUUGGAUACAAAAAAAGGUGUCAAGGAUAUAUACCAAUUCACUACUAUCAGAGAGAUCGCAAGUCACAAAGUUAUUGAAAGGUAUCAAAGUACAGAGGCAGAGAAAUGCCUCUAGGGAUGGCUGUUCCAUAUCACAGCGCUGGUAUAAAAAAAUACUAAAAUAAAAGCUAUAUAGUGAAUAUAUCUUAAUUUAUUACCAGCCGACCUGAACAUAGAAAAAGAGUGCAUAUAAUAGGUAAUUUUUAUUUUAAUUAUUUAAACUUUGUUUAUGGCAAUAGAUGCCUUUUUUAAGCAUUCUCAAUAAAGCUGUGUUUUUACAAGAAUUCGGACAUUGAUGUCUCCCAUGUUUAUCUUUCUUUUUCUCUCCUGAUUGUUCAAAUGAAGGGGCUUAAACCCCUUGGUUGGGUGGAUAACCCCAACAUCCUCUGGAGACAAUAUUUUUUAUUUUAUGAUAACCUCAAAUACUUCAGUUUGGGCCAAUUUAUCCUUGAGGGUUUUUUGACAGCCCCCAUCUAUACUGAUCCAAGGGUGUGAUUUGGUUCAUUGAUGUCUGAAUGAUGAUGCUUCUCAAUCCAUCUCCCAUCAGCAGUUUGAUUACAAGCUUGACUUUAAUAUAAUCACAUUAAUAGGUGCAGGAUUUACAGCAAACAGUUGUUAAAUGAACCCUAUAGUGUUAGGAAUUCAAAGCUGUAUUACUGCUCUAUAGUGUCCUGCUCCCUCCAGCCUGGCCAUGUAAAGGGUUAAAAAAAACCUUUAAACAUUUACCUGAUUCCAUCAGUGCUGGAACAGGCUCAUCCUCCUCUGACAUUGGCGUGGAACGGGAACCUAAUGCACAUGCAUGAAUCAAUGCUUUCCUAUGGGGUAUUUCAACACACUGGACAUCCUCAUUCACAGCAUGAGGAUAUCUAGCGGCAUUUCACUAAUCCAAACUGAAGAAAGCGCCUCUAGUGGCAGUCUUAAUCCUGCAAUGAAAACAUUGCUGUUUCUCUAAAACUGAUUUACAUUGCAGGGUUAAGGCGACUUCAACAGAGCACCCAGACCACUGCAAUGAGAUAAGGUGGUCUGGGUGUCUAUAAUUCCCUCUAACAGUUGCUCAUGAAAGCUUUGUAUUGAUUGGAUCUCAUUUACCAGGUUAGGUAAUGGCAGUGAUGGCUCAGGUACUUGUGAAUCUUCUGCAGUGAGACCAUAUGAAUAGUGGCAAACUACCGCGGUCGCAGCAGUGACCGGGUCUGUCACUCCAGGGGGCCUGGCCACCCGGCGGACGCCUGUGACCGCAGUGCUAAGUAACGCGCCCCGGCCCGUGCGGUAGAAUCCGCCGGGGCCUCAUUGAAGGGGCCCAUCAAGUGGCCCAUGCUGUUAAGGCCACCCGAUGGCAAUGAAUCACCAGGGUGCCUGGUCAACGCUGCGGUGCUUUAACAGCACGACUGGGCCCCUGAGAUGACAUCAGACGCUGGGAGAAAGUGACUGCCCCGGUCACUCCUCCCAGCUUACACCGGGAGCUGCGUGGGAGGAGGCAGAGGAGGGAGUCAGAGUGGGAACUCCCAUCAGGCUGAGCCACUGGACCCCAGUAAAAGUCACCCUCCUGCACCUAAAAGGUAGGAGACAGGAGGAUGACUAAAACAUUUUGAAUAUGUGUCUGUAUGAAUGUUUCUCUGUAUGUGUGUGUGUGUGUAUGUCUGUGUGUGUGUGUAUAUGUCUGUAUAUGUGUGUGUGUGUCUAUAUGUAUGUCUGUAUGUAUUUGUAUAUAUGUUUGUGUGUAUGUCUGUAUGAAUGUGUAUUUGUAUGUUUGUUUGUAUGUGUCUCUGUAUUUAUGUGUGUGUCUGCAUGUGUAUCUGUUUGUCUGCAUGUGUGGGGGGAGGGGAAUGUAUGGGAGGGGGAGGGUAGAUGCGGGGUGGCAGGGGGGUAGACAUAAGGCAGGGCCCCAGGGCAGUUUUUGCACCGAAGCCCAGUGGUUUCUCGUUACGGGGUGGAGGUGUGUCAGGGUUGGUUUGCAUAUUUAUAUUGGGCAGCUGGUCCUGUAAUUGGGCUUGAUUGACUUGAAGACCUGCAACAGUCUGCCUGAGGGGACUUUAUUUGCCAGGUUACAGCCUCUCAGAGGUGCAUGAGCUCCUCAAAAUACUCAUUUGUAACGUUAGGGUAGGUGCCUGGAGCCAAACUACUAUAAAAGGCUUCAGUGAAGGCAGAAAAUUCCAAAGCACUUAAAAUACACUGUAAAGGCUAAAAAACAAAGGCAGACAGCCAAAGGAUUAAGGCAGCAGAAGAUCGAAAAUAGGCAAACAGGCCAAUGCACAACAUAUAUCCGAAGAAUGGGCCAAGUAAUGCCAAUUGUUCAGUACCAGCAGCACAGUACAACUGAGCAAUACAACUCUACUGUGCAGGGUUUUUAAAAGGGUCACUUACAGGUGUAAUCAGUGGCGUACAUACCAGGGUCGCAGGGGUCGCGGCUGCGACCGGGCCCGGCCCUCCAGGAGGCCCGGCCGCCCCUGCGACCCGGUAUGUACCCACAGGGCCAUCCUCUUCCCCUGGUGGGCCCAGGAGCCGACCACCCCAGGGCCCCCCGAGGCUGGCCCUGCUGACCCCAGGCAGGCGGAUGGCUGGUCGGGCAGGCGGGCGCGCGAGGGAGCACUCAGUGCUUCCUCUUCAGCUCCCUCGCGCACCGCACUGAUGCCGGAGCCGGAAGAUGACGUCAUCUUCCGGCCCCGGCAUCCCUACGCGGCGCGCGGAGCUGAAGAGGAAGCACUGAGUGCUCCCUCGCGCGCCCGCCUGCCCGACCGGCCACCCGCCCAGGAGCCCAGCAGCACCACUGGACCCCAGGGAAUCCACCCAGCACUCCAAAAGGUAAGGAGGCUGGGGGGAUUACAUUUAAAAAAACAAAAACAAAAAACUAGUGUUAGUGUUUGAGUGUGUGGCCCGCCAGUGAGUGUUAGUGUGUCUGCUAAAGGGGAGUGUGUUAUAGUGUGUGGGAGUGUUAGAGUGAGUGUGCGUGUGUCUGCUAGUGAGUGUUAGUGUGUGUGAGUGUAGUAUGUGUGUGCUAGUGAGUGUCAGUGAGUCUUUGAUGUCUGUUAGUGUGUGCGUGUUUGUCAAUGAGAGUGUAUGUUUUGUAAGUGAGUGUGUAUGUCUGUUGCUGAGUGUGUCUCUGUCAGUAAAUGUGUGUGUCUGUUAGCUAGUGUGUAUGCGUCUGUAAGUGAGAGUGUGUGUGUCUUCAGCACUUACCUUUCUCCAGCGCCGGACUCCUUUGGCGCUGGGGAUCCCUCAGCCUCUCAGCUCCGAAUGCGACCGCGCACGCAUUCAAACCGCCCAUAGGAAAGCAUUACUCAAUGCUUUCCUAUGGACGUUCAGUGUGCUCCUCUAGCGGCUGUCAGUGAGACAGCCACUAGAGGCUGGAUUAACCCUCAGUGAAACAUAGCAGUUUCUCUGAAACUGCUAUGUUUUCAGCUGCAGGGUUAAAACUAGAGGGACCUGACACUUCUCUGAAACUGCUAUGUUUAUGAAAAAAUGGGUUAACCCUAGCUGGACCUGGCACCCAGACCACUUCAUUAAGCUGAAGUGGUCUGGGUGUCUGUAGUGGUCCUUUAAGUGUGUGUGCAUCUGCAUGCACUGGCGUACAUACCGCGGUCGCAGCCCUGUAACCCCUGCGACCAGGUGCCCACCGCCAUGUGUUGCGGCCCGGCCCGCGCGCGGGGGGGGCCCACAGAUCAAUUUUCGCACCGGGGCCCCAUGGGUCAUGUGUACGCCACUGGGUGUAAUCGAAAUUAACACCCAUUUUAAUGUCAAAACUACAUUUUACUAGAUUUGUCUAGUUUUUCCAAAUAGCUCAUAGUUCAAAAUGGAGCUUAUUUUUUCCUUUCCAUAGGAGCACUGCACAACAUCAAGAGUGCUUUAAGAUGGCUAGCUUAAUGAUUUAAGUAAUUGAGAUAUUUUUUUACAUUGUAUUGAGUGCUGCUAACCAGGAAUAUGUACUGAACCAACUGAAAAGAAAUAGGUUUUUUUUUUUCUUAAGAAUUCGUUCUCUAGUUCACUGAAUAUAUUCUAAUUUCUCCUUUACAUCAAGAAAGCUGAACCUUAUGUUCCUAAAUGUACCACAACUCAUUUUGUAUAAUUUUACAGGACGUCUUCCAGAGGCUGUUCCAGAUCAGAAAGGCUGGAAAUUUUAAAAAUCCGAGUAAAAUAUGUGCAAGGGGUAUUUUUGUAUAGGAGCAGAGUGUGCUCUCACUAAUACAUACACCUGUUUACCUGCUUCUUCGUAGCGCAGUGUAGCUCGCGUAGAGCUGAAACAGAGAAGGGAAACUGGUGCCUGUAACAGGGGGUCCAAGGAAGGAGGGGGCGAUACCCAGUUGUUGCAUGUGAAGUAAUGCAGUGUCAAGUGUGCCCGGGGGUAUGAGAGCAGACAGGUAUUGUGUGUGUGUCUGUAAGACUGAGGGGCAGUUUGAUUGCACGUUAGAGUUUUGUUUGACAAAAUAAAGGAUUUAAUUUCCUAUAUUUAAAUGUAAUGUAAAAAGAAGAAAAAACACCUUGAAUACUAAUGUAGGCUGCAGUGGAUCCCACAUACCCCAGGUAAAAAGUCACACACUUCUAAAAUGGUUUCACUACUUAGGGGGUGUCAGGUCUACAGCAAGCUGUAGCAGUUAUGGUGCAUAAACUGUUCUUUUAAAAAUGAAUAUACAGUAUGUGUGAAAUACUACUAGGAGCCACUAGAUGGAGCAAAACACAUUCAUUUUUAUUUAUAGGCCUCUAUUCAAAUUUGUAACAGGUACCAGAAAUAUUUCCCUUUUAACACAAUGCUACCUUACUCAAUACUUUUAUUGGAUUCUACACAUUCAUAUUUUUAUAGAAAAAUGCCAUCCCAUUUGAAAAACUGACAUAACCAGAAAGAAUAUAGAUAGACUAUAAAUCGAAAUUAUUCUUUUUUACGUUUUUAUGUGUUUUGCCAAAAUGAUGUCUCAAGUGAUUUGAUUUUGUUAGAAGAUUAUAUCGGUUAAGCAUAUUAAGUGUCCCACAAUGCUCUGCUUCAUGCAAUGGUUUUCACAGUAAUGCUUCCUAUUGCAAUUAUUACACUUUAUAAAUCACAUUACAUGGGUGGCAAAAUACAAAAAAAAUAAAAGUAAUGUUCAAUACCAUUAUAUUAUUAAUACUAUUACAAACCUCCCAACAUUUUAAAUUGACAAAAAGGGACACUUUUGUUUUAGUGGUUUGAGUGGGGGUUUGGACAGUUUCUGACAAAUUUUAGGUGACCUUACUAAUAAUUUAUGCAACUAAUAUCUCAUUUGGAACAAGAACAAUGUAUCUUAUUUACACCGACUGCAUCUGUGCCUCUUGCAAGUCCAUCUGUAUCCGCUUCGGAAUUGCUUCAUCCGAUAGUUGUACCAUCAGCUGUACUUCCUACGAGUGGCACAAGUAGCUCACCCACUGUCAUUGUUACCACCACCACCACCAAUACCACCACCAAUUUUUUUUUAUUAUGAUGAAUCUACCAAGUGCUAGUGUACGUGCUAGUGUUGCGACAGCUUCAACUUCCACAGAUGCAAAUCCACCGCAUCUUUAGAAGACACAAGGCAAGGGGUUGAAGUAUUCUAUCGCGCCAUCGAAGCAAAGUUUGGAAUUACUUUGAUAGCAACAGCUUUCACCCCAGGAAGGCCGACUUGCAAAGUCCAAAUUGUCCAGUAAGGAAGUGAGCAGGGAGAGAGUGGUGGAUGAUCUCACUAGUGCCGUAUGAAGCAACAUCUGAAAAGACUCCAAAAAUCCGUAUUAUUGAGGGAAAAGCGAAUCCCCUCUCACUUUUGUAUGAUUGUCCUUGCAGAAUUGGAAUUUGACGAUGUUGAUUUAUACUGGAGCAAUGCUUCACUCGCAAUGCUUUUUUGACACUUAUUUUCUGUCGGUCUUAUGGCACAUAUGCUUAAUAUAUGUAAUAUAUAAUGAUAUUUCACUUGAAAAUGUCGCCAUCCAUGCAUUUACUUUUAACUUAUUUUAUGUACGUUGGCUCUUGUGCUACAAUAAAAAGAAUUCAACUAUUUAAAAAAAAAAUGGCCUUUUGCUAGCUAAUGGCGGCAACAAUGUGUUCCUCCUCUGAAGAAGUGUGGCCUCACUCUUGGCCCUUGAGUUUGUGACAAAAUAUUGUUGAUAUCUUAGGAAGCCCCAACCAGGAAGAACUUUUAGUCGCUAAGUAAAACCGAGAGUGGGCAUAUUACUUCCCUUAUAUCCGGUUCUUAAUAUGUUUGUCACUGUUGAUUGGUUCUAAACUAUAAUUAAAGGAACAUUUGAAACAUACUAUAGGGGUUAUGGUGCCAGGUGCGCUCUGGUUAUCCCCAAUGUAUGUUGUCAAACUGUUUGCUAACCUUGGGUCCUUGCCUCUCUAACAGACAGAAGUUCUCUACCUGAGCUAAGCAAUCAGCUAACACUCUCAACCUGCACUGCAGGGUUUAGCUCUGGUAGCGACGGAAGUUCCUAGCUGCCCAUACAGGAGAGUAGGGGAGUGGGAUGCAAUAUAAAAAGUCAAAUAUAUUUUAAACACAUGGGGGGGCACUUUAAACAUGAUGUAGUGGUAAUGGUGUUUCAAAUGUUCCUUUUAAAAUGUAAAAUGACAUGUACCGGAUGAGUACAAUAAGUAACUAGAAAAGUUACAAUUUCUGGGGAAAUUGUGUGAAGUGUUCUUGCCUCCACCUGUAGUCUACAACUGGAGUGGGCGGAGUAACUGUUAUCAUUUACAUAGCACAUUUAAUUGCAAGGUUGUUGCACAGUUACAUUAAACCAUACAUUUAUAAAAACAUUAGCAGGUGUUCAAAAGGCCCUGUCUAUGACAUCACUUGCUGCUGCAGCUUGACACAGGUCAGAGUAUUUUGGCGGUUGCCAUCUUCAAACGGUCGUAUCUUAAAAACUAUAACUCCUACAGCGAAGAGCUUUAUAUUGUGAGAAUCACAAGACCCAGACCUACAUUUUGAUGCAUAGUAUGUCUCUGAAGUAUUAAAAAUGAAGGCACAGUCGCAGUUUAGAAAUUGCACUUCAAAUUUGAGCUUUGCAGAGUGAAGUUUCAAUGAAAGUCAAUGGACGGCGUUAGUUGCAAACAAAUUAUUAUAUUGUGAAAACUAUCAGGACUAUGGCUUAGCCGGUUGACAUGUUUAGUGGCAGGAGGGAUAGCUGAACGUUUUGAUAUAAGAUUUGUGUAGGUGGGCCUGAAAAUAAGGGAGUGGUGGCAGUUUAGAAAUCAUGUCCUGAUUUUUCAGCUUUUGCCAGCUCCCACUCUAGCUUUGCCAUUCAUUCCUAUGGGACAAAUUUGGCCACAAGAACGACGAUAUUCCGGGAACCAUUCGGCGAAAUGUUCCACAAAGUAAUAGCAAUCCGAUCGGGAACAAUCUGCACGUUUUGGUAAAUUUUUGUCUAUGUAGUGUAAAACUGUGGGAGGAGUUAGGGUGGCAAAUUUUGCUAUAAUAAUAAUAAUAAUAACUAGAAAAUUUACAAUUUCUGGGGAAAUUGUGUGAAGUGUUCUUGCCUCCACCAGGAGUCUACAACUGGAGAGGGCGGAGUAACUGUUAUCAUUUACAUAGCACAUUUAAUUGCAACGUUGUUGCACAGUUACAUUAAACCAUACAUUUAUAAAAACAUUAGCAGGUGUUCAAAAGGCCCUGUCUAUGACAUCACUUGCUGCUGCAGCCCUACACAGGUCAGAGUAUUUUGGCGGUUGCCAUCUUCAAACGGUCGUAUUUUAAAAACUAUAACUCCUAGAGCGAAGAGCUUUAUAUUGUGAGAAUCACAAGACCCAGACCUACAUUUUGAUGCAUAGUAUGUCGCUGAAGUAUUAAAAAUGAAGGCACAGUCGCAGUUUAGAAAUUGCCCUUCAAGUUUGAGCUGGCUUGAGUGAAGUUUCAAUGAAUGUCAAUGGAAGGCGUGAGUUGCAAACAAAUGGUCAUAUUGUGAAAACUAUCAGGACUACGGCUUAGCCGUUGACAUGUUUAGUGGCAGCAGGGAUAGCUGAACGUUUUGAUAUAAGAUUUGUGUAGGUGGGCCUGAAAACAAGGGAGUGGUGGCAGUUUAGAAAUCAUGUCCUGAUUUUUCAGCUUUUGCCAGCUCCCACUCUAGCUUUGCCAUUCAUUCCUAUGGGACAAAUUGCGCCACAAGAACGACGAUAUUCCGUGAACCAUUCGGCGAAACGUUCCACAAAGUAAUAGCAAUCCGAUCGGGAACAAUCUGCACGUUUUGGUAAAUUUUUGUCUAUGUAGUGUAAAACUGUGGGAGGAGUUAGGGUGGCAAAUUUUGCUAUAAUAAUAAUAAUAAUAAUAUAUAUGUGAGAUAACAUUAAGUGGUCUUGCUAUGCAAGAACACUUAAUAAUAAUAAUAUAUAUGUGAGAUAACAUUAAGUGGUCUUGCUAUGCAAGAACACUUAAUUAUUAUAAGUAUAAUAAGUGUAAAAUGGCAUGAUCUGAUUGGCUGGGGAACACAUGGAUGUUGUGAUGAGGUAAUAGUCUGGCUGUGGAGUACACUGAUACUCUGAUGAGGUAGUAAAUGUAAAAUGGCUUAUUUGAGGUUUACCUGCAGGGGCCAGAUUUAUCAGAGUGUCUCAGAAAGUUUUGUGCCCAUUUUGCAUUUUUGUCAGCGUAAUUAAUUAAAAUAGCCAGAAUUUUACACUUUGAUAAAUCUUCCCCAGUUAUGUUGUACAGAAAUGUAUGUCCUUGCUGCACCAUUCUGGUACAUUCAUCAUUUUAAAUGUGGUUCCAAAACAUUAAAGUAAAAAAAUAAAUAAAAAUAAAUAAUAAAAAGAGGGAAAUAAAACACAUGUUGUGCCUCUCUGAAUGGGGGUUAUUAAGGCUAAUCAGGUGCUAUUCUGGGACAAAGUGCUAAAAUGUUUAGAAGCACUCUCAUGAUAUAUAUGGUGAUUGUUACUAAUCCCACAAUAAAUCUGUUUUAUCCUGAUAAAUAUCCCCCCAGUAAUACCCGAAUUUGAUAUUACCAAUCUCUGUUUAUAGAUACAAUAUUACUCAUCUGCACUUCUAAAAUGACUUUUACUCUAGUCUGCUUUCCCCAGCAAGCUCUCUCCUUGACCUGUCCCUUGUCCUUGCAGUCUCAUACUCAAUGUCCCCUCCUACCUUCCAUCGUUCUCUCCCUACACCUCUCUUAUCAGGCUACCCCACAAAUCAUCCAUCCCUCCAUUUCUCCAUCUCCUCCCCCUUUCACCACCCCACUCACUUCUCCAUAUGCCAAAGCUGCUUCCCUGCAUUUGUCUUUGAAAUCUCCCCUCCCAGAUUCAAUUCAUUGUUCCCCUCCCCUUGUCUGCCCCCCCUCCCAAAUAUACCCUCCCCUGCCAUAGCAUACCCGCCCCUCUGAUCAGACUUGGCAUUACAGAGCCCGGGCCCCGUUAUCCAAAUCAGGUGAGAAUUCUCAUUAUUUACAGAAUGUACAGAGCGUUCUAAUUCCAUGGAGAGCCAUGUGGUAUUUAAAGGGACAGUCAGAGAGUGUGUUGUAUUAGUUGGAGAAGGGGCCGGGGAGAGUGGGGGGGAAUUCUAUCUUCUGAAAGUGUGCUACGCGUGGUGGAUACAUAGAAAUUAAUAUCUUUCAUCUCCUGUGAGAUUUGGGAGGAUUCCAGUAUUUCCCCUGGAUAAGUGAUGUGCAUUUUGUGGGGUGUUUUUGAAUACAUUGCUGUGUGGAGUAAGUUUUAAAGACAGGAGUUGAAUUAGCAGCAAAUAUGACUUUGAGAACUCAAAUAUUCAGGUUACUUAGCAUUGCUGAUUAACUGAUAAGCAAAAGAGCACCUGAUCUUUAAUGGAAUAUAUAUAUAUAUAUAUAUAUAUAUAUAUAACCUUUUAAAGCUCAGUUAGAGUAUUUUAAAAUUUAAAGCACAAUAAUAUUAUAUUUCAUGUGAAGAUUUCUUAAUUAAAAGUAGGAUAACACAUAGAAUGACAUUGAGGAUACAUUCUGAAUAUUCAGUGAUGUUGGUGUAAUGAUUAGAUGUCUAAUGAUGAAUAUAUGUGAGUCCCUGCAUAUGCAAAUAAUGUGAUCACAAAAUCAUAUGUUUUAAGAAUUAGUCACAUGUGGUUGCAAAUUGUGUUAGAGGCAGUGUAAUAGAAGUUCAGUAGCACUUUGCAAGUCAUUGGAAUACUUUUGGCUCUUAAUGGGUUAAUUCAUUUAAAUGUCAUACUGGAGUUUCCUUUUCAACCAUAUGGGCGGUAAUGACAGUGACAUGUUUCAUUUUCCAAAGCUGAGUACUGUGUAAUAUUAAAGUUGUUAAAGUAACCUUUGUGGUGCUCUGUUAACUGACUUAAUACAUUGCACAUAGCCAGAACUGACUGUCAAGAGGAUUAACUUAGCACUGUGGGUUUUAAUCAGUUUGUCACAGACCCUAACUAUGUACAUGGCAUUAGCCUGGUGACCCAUUUUUGGAGCCAGGAAAUUAAUUAAGUGACCUGUUCUUCUAAUUUGCAUGAGAUACAUUUUGCACAACACCCUAAUAUUUGUACUCCUUUGCAAAGGGGACUGCGUUGUGAUACAGUUUGGUAUAUCUCAGCAGUAGGCAACCAUUCGGCAUGUUGCUUUGUCAGCAUAAUGGUUGUAAGAGCAAAUUGGGAGAUAUAGUCCAUGUAAUUUGGAGUGCCGAAGGUUGCCUUCCCAUGCAUAUAGGGUUUUUUUGUGAGGGUUUUUUUUUCCUGAGGUCUGCGGGGAGUGGGGCAGGUGAAGAAACCCAGACACAAACUUACUACCUUGAAUCAGUAUUUUCAUUACUUUAGAUUGUGGUGGCCAGCUAGUUUGCGAUGGGUGUUGGGCAAUUGCUGGCCCUCUACUUUGGUUAAAGAUGUUCACUGGUGAACAUGCAGUAACUGCUCGUCUCCAAUCUCUGGUAUAUAAAGCCAGGUGGUUGUGGAUAUAUCAGCUAAGUGGCCCUGCAAGGUUAUUCACAACUGUCACCUUAGUGCAGGCUUCCAAAAACUCCGGCCCUCCAGAUGUUGCUUGACAUUUGCACUGUCGUUGUUCGGCAUGUGCUAUAAACUUUAACUUUAAUAAUACACGGACACGUUUAAUACUAUUGGAGUAUAACGUCCACAGCUUUAUUAAUAUGAAUAAAUUAACAUAAUUAGGGUCAUUGUCAUAAAUGACAUUAUUUAUUAUCCCCCUGCACAAUCCCCUGACAAUGACCCUACCACAUGAACAAUAAUUAACAUCAAUUCCCAAUAAACUUGUAAACAUCCGGCCUACCAACGAGGCCCCAUAUCAUAAUGAUAACUGUAGGGGUGUACCCAGACACCCCUACACCCCCAGGUUCGUCGCCACCGAAGAGCUAGACACCGUCUGGCCUACUUCAGCCUAGGCCCUGGCCUGUACAGUUCCAAUUCCUUGAUAACUUCCAACUUAACCACGCCCUGUUCCCGCCGCUGUGACAAAACGGGAAAUUCACCUCAACACAGGGAGGGUGGGUGGGACAACUGACAGGUAAGUGAAGUCCUGAUUAAAAUGGCCACUCUCUAAGAUGGCCGUUAUUUCAACCCCCUUUGAUCCCGCCCCCAAGCUCCAUUAGCUUAAGCCAAUCCCUAACUGAAUGCACCUGCCCACUCCUGGCUCUGUCAAGGCCCACUCCCCUUACUUCGUUGUUCCAUGGGCUUCAUGACAUUUGCACUGUCGUUGUUCGGCAUGUGCUAUAAACUUUAACUUUAAUAAUACACGGACACGUUUAAUACUGUUGGAGUAUAACGUCCACAGCUUUAUUAAUAUGAAUAAAUUAACAUAAUUAGGGUCAUUGUCAUAAAUGACAUUAUUUAUUAUCCCCCCGCACAAUCCCCUGACAAUGACCCUACCACAUGAACAAUAAUUAACAUCAAUUACCAAUAAACUUGUAAACAUCCGGCCUACCAACGAGGCCCCAUAUCAUAAUGAUAACUGUAGGGGUGUACCCAGACACCCCUACACCCCCAGGUUCGUCGCCACCGAAGAGCUAGAACCUACCAACCAUGACACCGUCUGGCCUACUUCAGCCUAGGCCCUGGCCUGUACAGUUCCAAUUCCUUGAUAACUUCCAACUUAACCACGCCCUGUUCCGCCACAGCACUUGUCUUGACCCCUUAAGACCAUGUGCGACCCCCACCACACUGAAACAGGGCUCGGGCUAUGCCCUCCCGGAACCCCAAGUUCAGCAAGUCACACCCCACCUCUGACAGGUGUACUCCAUCCCUCCUAUAAUAACCUGGCAACAUGCCCUCCAGUUCCCGAUGCCUCACCACUAUUCCCCCCAUCCUCUUAACAAAUACUGCCAUAGCUCUAUUAACCUUCCCCCUGCAUCGUGCCACCGCAGCAGGGUCCCUGGCGUGACGCCAUGUAAAACGAGGCACCAUCUCGGACCACACCACCACCACGUCAGGGACCAGCUCCAGUAGCCGAUCCAUGUCCCUCUUCAUUCGCCGCAACAGUUCCCGUUGCGGAAUCAGCCCUAAGUCAUUCCCCCCACCGUGCACCACUACAACAUCCGGAACCGGACCCUUGGACACUUUUGUAAAUAAAACAUUACUCAAGCUCUGCCAACUAAAACCUCGAAAACCAAACCAGGAUAAGGCCGCCCGUUCCAGAGGAAAGCCCAGUUGUGUUCCUUGUCUCCGAACUGCGGCCCUCUUCUGUGCCCAAUAUACGAACGAGUGUCCCAGCAACCAAACAUUCCAACCUGAAAAGAGACAAAAUUAAUUACACCGCAGAGCCAAUGUCCCCCAGUCCUGGCCAUUUAACCCCUCAAAGCUCCACCAUCCCGUCGGGCCUCACAUACGAGCGAAACCGCACGGAUUCCCACCGUCCGAUCCUCUUGAUCCGCUCGUCACCCAAACCCAAGCGUGCCGCCUCUGUAGCCUCACCGAUACGGAACGAAUGCGACCCGAAUUGCGUGGGCUGCAGGCCCAGCUUCACUAAGCCCAAACGAAAAAUCCUAAUGAAUUGAAACCGUGACAGCGCCGUGCCAUCAGCGUGCAGGAAAAAACAACCGCUAACGUUAGGACGGAUCCCCAGGUACCCUGAUCCGCAGGCCACCGGGCACAACUCUGACCCCGGCAACUCGAAUAGCACCACGGAGCAGCCUUUGCCGAAAACAUCAGUUUUCGAUCGGCCCAACCUAAUCUGCACGCGAUCACUCUUAACUUCCACAUCCUCGCGCUGCAAGCCACCAACUCCCACUUUGUUUGCUCUAACCAGCUCCCCGAUCCGAAACGCCCCGAAAAACGCCCAGACAAACGCACCAGAAAAAAGGACCACCUCAAAUGGCGAGGAACAUAACUCCGGUAACUUUCCCACCAAACCUUGUAAGACCGCAAAAGACACCGGCCUCCUAACGUCCGUCGACGUCUUCCCCCUCCGAAAACCCCGAACCGCCUGUCGGACCAAGAAAUGCUUUGUCAAAUCUUCCCACCCUUGGAAUUUAAACCAGAAAGCCAAGGCGGACAUAUGCCUGUCCACCGUGGCCGGCGAAGCCCCCUUUGCAAACAACCGGCACAACAACCAUAGGAAGACAUCCAGCCUAUGGCCCUCCGAAAGGUCCCCACCUACCUCCUCAACCGUUUCCUCCCAUUCCUUCCAAACCUUAGCAUAAGAUGACCACGUGCUCGGUGCCAAGGAUUUCUUUAUGUAUUCCCCAAGCACGAUGUCCCGAGUCGCCACAUCUCGUCGGGGCAGGCCUGCCCGCAUUCCCGUGCCUCUGGAGCCGCUUCCCGAAAACGAUCCCACUGAAAACGAGAAAGCGCAUCAGCCACCACAUUUGAGAAUCCCGGAAUGUGCCUAGCCCUGAAUACUAAAUUGGAAGACAUGCAGAGGAGCACCAAAUGCCGCAGUAGGCAUAGGACCGGAAGCGAAGAUGCCGACAAACUGUUGAUUGCCUGCACCACGGCCAUAUUGUCCGAAUAAAACACGACUCGCUUGUUUGCUAGUUCAGCUCCCCACAAUGCUACCGCAACCACUACAGGGAAGAGUUCCAAAAAUGCCAGAUUCUUGAUCAAUGGGCUCGCCCUCCAUGCCUCGGGCCAUGCCUCGGCACACCACCGUCCCGCAAAAUAAGCCCCGAACCCCACGCUGCCCGAAGCGUCCGUAAACAGCCCCACUGCUUCCGAAGACACCACUUGCUCCCGAAAAAAGGCCUUGCCAUUGAAGUCCCUCAAAAAAUGAUCCCACACCUCUAAGUCCGCCCUCAUGUCCGCGGAAACCCUGAUAUAGUGUGACGGCAUCCGUAUCCCGCUCGUCGCCCGCGCCAAUCGUCUACAGAAAACCCUCCCCAUGGGUAUGACCCUGCACGCAAAGUUCAGGCUCCCUACCAGAGACUGUAAUCCCCUCAGCGUGCUCUCCCAAUUGUGUGCACCAAGUCUUUCAGCUUGUGCAACUUGUCCUGUGGUAAUCUACAUUCCCCGAUCUCCGAAUCGAUCUCCAAACCCAGAAAACAGACAUGUGGCGGGUCCCACGGUCUUGUCCUCCGCCAAAGGAACCCCCAUCGUCUGCGCUACCCAUUGGAACACCCGUAGUAUCUGCUUGCACCGGUCUGAGCCUCGAGGGCCGACACAUAAGAAGUCGUCCAGGUAAUGCACAACCGUGCCCCCGGCCGAUUCCCGUCGCACUACCCAUUCCAGAAAAGUGCUAAACUUCUCGAAAUAGGCGCACGAGAUGGAACAACCCAUCGGCAAGCACAUAUCCACAAAGAAACCCCCUUCAAAACAACACCCCAAGAGGUGAUGACAUGACGGGUGUAUGGGAAGCAGCCGAAACGCUGCCUCCACGUCCACCUUCGCCAUCAGCGCUCCCCGCCCAGCUCUCCGUACCAACUCGACUGCCCUGUCGAAUGAUGUGUAAGAUACUGAACAGAGUGCUGCGUCGAUGUCAUCGUUCACCGAUGACCCUUUAGGAUACGAUAAAUGAUGAAUCAACCUAAACUUGCCAGCCUCUUUUUUGGGGACCACUCCAAGUGGGGAUAUCCGCAACUCCGCUAUAGGAGGAUACGGGAACGGCCCCGCCAUCCUCCCCAAAAGGACCUCUUUGGCCAGCUUUUCCCGCACUACCUCCGGGCGUUCCCGCACCGAUUUAAGAUUGGCACAAACCGCCCCUGGUUCCUUAACCGUGAAGGGGAUCACGAAGCCCUCCCUAAAACCCGCCACAGGAACGCUGCAUCCUCCUGGUUAGCGUAUUGCCUUAGCCAAGGCAACAUCGCGCCUAACCUCACUGGGGAUGCCCCCAGUUGCAGCCGAGGUGGCCGCCACCCCUGCGGUUCCACCCCCUGCAUUGAGCUUACCUUUCUUGAAGCAUCUGCUGGCGCCGUGAUUCCCUCCGCAGCCCGAACACUCGUGCCUAAAUCGGCAUGAAGUACCCCACUUGCAUUGACCCUCGUUGUACGUCCAGCACAGGCCCUUCUUUUUUCCCGCUGGCACAGCCACGCCUGAGGCUGUCCCAGCUGCCCCGAGAAAGGGCGCAGCCUUCUGCGCCAUCAUAAUCCUCAUCCAUAGCGGCAGGUCCAUUUGGUCCCACCGCAUGGUAGGGUUGGCCGCCAAGCGUUGCCGAAACUGCUCAUCAUAUUUCCACCACGCUAGGCCCCCAUACGUCCGAUACGCAUCGCCUAUCCCAUCCAAGUAGCAGAACAGUUGCGAACAGCUCCCUGGCCUUUUUUUCCCUAUCACACUAGCCAGGAUGCAGAACGCCCUCAGCCAAUUCCCAAAAGUCUUCGGUAUCUUGCGAUACCUCCGCCUUUUUUCUUCUUCCUCCUUCUUGGCGUCCUUCUUAUCCUCCUCCUUCAAGUCUAGGAAUUCCUCCAAAGGGAGCAAAGAAAAAAUUUCCAUGAACUCCCCCUUCCAAAUCUUUUCUUUGACCUCUAAUUUCAGGUGACAACCUAGGGGGCCCGCAAAAGAUACGUGUACGUUUUGACGUGCCGCGUCCGAAAUGUCGCCACACCCGACCGCCGACUCAGCCCCCCCAUCCGCCGCACCGGACGCCACUACCGCUUCGCUUACCUCGCCUCCGCUCGCCGGUUGGACCCCCGCCCCUAUUGCCUUAACCGCCGUGUCAGGGGACCAUACCUUUCCGAACUGUAAUGGUGAUUCCCCCUUUCCUGACCAUGCCUCCAAUAGUGUUUUUAAAUAGCCCAAUAACUGUCCGGAGUGUUGUGCAGAUAUGGACUCACCGUUGGAGACCCCGGCCGUGCCAGGCCCCGGGGUUGCCGACCUUCCGUCCACCCGUUCAGGCUCCGGAGCAUCCGGUUGACGCCGACUCCCAUCCGCCUGAUCCCUCCUCAGGACCGUAGGGGUAGCGCUCCGCGACCUGUAAGGAGAAGACAACCUGGGUAGUCUGUACUGCUGGGCCCCUACCCGUCCUUCCUCCCUACGCUCUUCUCCGCAAUUCCAAGCUUCGCACCGCCUUGCCGGCCUAGCUUCCCUGCUCCUGGGGGCCCGCUGCUGUCCUAGCGCACUGUCACCCGAGGACCCAGAUGCGCUGCGCCGCCUCCGCCCCCGCCCGUCCUUGGACGCGGACCUCCUUCUCCCCGCCCUGCAGCUGGUCCUGGAACCACUGCGCCUGCUAUGCGAUGGACUCCUGUCCCUGCUCCACUGCCGAUCAGCUGACCUCCUGCUGCUGCCGGGCCUGGCGCCACCGCUGCGCCGCUCCCGUCUGUACUCCUCCCGCUCCCUGGUCCCGCUGCGGUGCCCCCCGUGAGAGCAGCCUGAGGGGCCCAACCUUCCACUGCUACUGCUCCUGACUUCCCUAUCCCGCGCUGUACUGCGUGUGUCCCCUUUCUCCGCUGUACCUGGCCAUCUGUUGGCCGCUGCGCCUGGCUCAGAUGCCCCUUGCACCCCCUGGCAGCCCGCUGGAACCUCUGCCGCUCCCUGUCCGAUCCUGCCGUCUUCCUGCCGCCCCUCCUCCCUAUGCCUGGCACUGUCGCCCGUCCCGGCCACACCUAAGGCCGCCCGCGAGCUGGUCCCGCUGACCAGGCCACCCCUGGGUUGCUGGGGGGCCGCCUGCGCUGGAACAUCCCGCGUCCCGCCCGCCCCCUGCCCCUCAGUGACCAGAGUGGACUCACCGGGACGCCUCACUGAAGUGCUGCCGACCACGUGUUCCUCCGCUCUCCCGGCCGCCAUUCCCGCCGUGCUGGAGCCCUCCUCUGGGGUUCCUGUGCUGCCUGCCGCCAUCUUGGGUGGGGCGCGUUUACCAGCAGGCCCGCGCUUUGCGGCCGUCCUCGCCUGACCGGCACCGCGGCGCACCGGCGGCGCCGGCCGCUUCCCGGUGCUGUCCGACCCUCUUGCCUCCUGGCUGGGUGCCGACGGGCUCCUCCGCCGCCGUGGAGCGGGCGCCAUGCCCGGACUCAAGCGCUGGGGCGGCCGUGCUCUUCGCGCCGUCCUGCGCUCCGCUGGAGCUGGAGGGGGAACUGCAGCCCCCAGUUGUUCAUGCAGCCAGGCCAGCCCUCGGUCCUUCACUGCUGCUCUCACUCCUGCCAGGAUCUCAUCCAGGGAAGCCAUGAACCUGCAGCAAAAGAAAAAAGAAAAACCCCACAGACCUGACACAACUGACAGGUAAGUGAAGUUCUGAUUAAAAUGGCCACUCUCUAAGAUGGCCGUUAUUUCAACCCCCUUUGAUCCCGCCCCCAAGCUCCAUUAGCUUAAACCAACCCCUAACUGAAUGCACCUGCCCACUCCUGGCUCUGUCAAGGCCCACUCCCCUUACUUCGUUGUUCCAUGGGCUUCAGUCUUGCUGCCAGCUCUAUACGGUUUUAAUUUAACAAGCUAUAGUGAAAACGUUAGUUAGAGGCUGGUGGUCUCAGUAGAACUUAUUUAGAGACAUUCUGGUGAUGACGAGCUUCUUUUAUAAUGAAAAAUUAUGAAGAUGAGCAAAUUCUAACUGUUUUCUCUUAUCCACAGAGUGGUACACAUUUGACACAAAGGAAGUGGCUGAGAUGUUCUCUGCUACCCUGGCAGCUAAUAUUGAAGCGGCUGACCCAGAUAAAGAAGGGGAAGGUAGAGAGAAUUUCAUUCAAGUUUCUCCACUUCAUAUUUUACUCUCACAGGGACAUGCUUAUUCCUUCAGACUUGUUUCACUCUACAGACAAACAAUCUUUAUUCCUUGACUGCAGACACAUGAAUAUCACUAAUACACACACAGCUAUAUAUAUUCCUCACAGCAUCUGUAGCCUGUCCGCGCCUCUUCCCUGUGACGUGUUCAGCAUUUAGCCUCAUCACUAACGUUCCAGUACGCAACCACAGAAUGCCGGAACCUUACUAUUAAGGCUGUCAGGAACACAAAGCUUCCUCAACCACCACAAAUAAGGACAUGAUCAUGACCCUGAUGUGGACCAGGCCAUUAGGAAGAUGGACAUUGAGAGUUAUACGUGCGACUCAGACAUGCCUCUGCAUUCCUAUAACCUCCGAUCCAGUACCAACACUUUACUUAGUCUACCUCAAUACAAAAAGAAAGCAGCCCGAUCCUCCUUCUCCUACAGAGCGCCGCAAUUAUGGAACGACCUCCCGCACACUUUCAAAUCUUCCCCAAGCCUAAAGUUCUUUAAGAGAUCCCUCUAUACAUACCUCAAAACAGAAUGCACCUGUCAUGGUUGAUUAUAUAUUUCCUACCUGUUCUAUGUUAAAUUUUGUAUUUAUUGUGUAUUAAUAUUGUUUUUGUAUGAUACUGCUGGUAUGCUAGCUGUACCCGGCAAAGACAGAUCAUUUGGAUAAUUAUAAAGCAAUCUCUGCUUUCUACCUGGAUAUUCUCAGUCUGGUCUACAAAUCCACCUACCCAAAUCUGGUGAUCCAAACCCAACUUGGUAACAUGUUCUUAAAGGUCCCAAGUAAUGAUGUCGACACAAUCCAAUACUCUAUACAAUUACUGGAUCAUUAAAAUGGGCCCUGUGGCUUAUUGUAACAAACACACAAAAUUAAGCUCUGUGAAUGGUCCGCCAGAAUAAACUGGUGAAGAAGCAAAGUUGGCCAGGAUUUGAAAUGAAGGGGUCAGCGAGCCGUAGCUGCCAGGUCAAUGGGAAAUGGAGUGGAAAUACGACUAUUUGUGAGUUCAAAGGUAAGACUGUCUUGCUGCCAGCUCUAUACGGUUUUAAUUUAACAAGCUAUAGUGAAAACGUUAGUUAGAGGCUGGUGGUCUCAGUAGAACUUAUUUAGAGACAUUCUGGUGAUGACGAGCUUCUUUUAUAAUGAAAAAUUAUGAAGAUGAGCAAAUUCUAACUGUUUUCUCUUAUCCACAGAGUGGUACACAUUUGACACACCAGAGGAAGUGGCUGAGAUGUUCUCUGCUACCCUGGCAGCUAAUAUUGAAGCGGCUGACCCAGAUAAAGAAGGGGAAGGUAGGAGAAUUAGUAUUCAAAGUUUUCUUUUUUCCACUAUUUGAAACUAUUUAUAAGUGGCAGAGUGUGAGAAAUGCUAUGAUUUUCAAUGUACCGUUUGUUUCAUCUUUUUCUACAGUCAACACAACAUCUUAUUCCUUCGACUCAUAUUUUACUCUGAAUAUCACUAAUAUUGUAAUGCUCCCUCUGCUGACAUAUUUCUUUGUCCAUUUCCAUCCUCCCCCUAAUUUCUAAUGUUCUCAUAUUCCCCCACCAGAUAUCAGCAAACGAAAACUUGGUGUAAAGAAGGGAGAUCCCAUGAAUAUAUUUAUUAUCCUGGAUGCAUCAAAAGUAGAAGACUUUAACACUGCCAAGGAGAGCACCAUAACGUUCAUAGAGAAGGUAUACUGGCUGAUAGAGUAACACUGUAUCACAGACUGGGUAUGUGGAUUCUUAAUGGUCCAAGAAUCAUUUAGUUCCUAACGUUUCUGAAGAUUUUAUUACUCAGUAAUCACCUCCAGGUGGGAAGUCUAUAUGGGAGAUUAUAGGAUUGAUUACAGUGCCUCCACUUAGAGUUAGCAAAAAUGAACAUUAGGGAACCACCACAUACCUGAACCAUGUAACCCCAAUCCACGCAUGUAAAUACACACAUUAAAUAGAGUAAACACAUAUUGCAUUCACAGUCGAAGAUCACACAAUGAUACUGCUGGUAUGCUAGCUGUACCCGGCAAAGACAGAUCAUUUGGAUAAUUAUAAAGCAAUCUCUGCUUUCUACCUGGAUAUUCUCAGUCUGGUCUACAAAUCCACCUACCCAAAUCUGGUGAUCCAAACCCAACUUGGUAACAUGUUCUUAAAGGUCCCAAGUAAUGAUGUCGACACAAUCCAAUACUCUAUACAAUUAUUGGAUCAUUAAAAUGGGCCCUGUGGCUUAUUGUAACAAACACACAAAAUUAAGCUCUGUGAAUGGUCCGCCAGAAUAAACUGGUGAAGAAGCAAAGUGCAGGGAUGAGAUCUCAAAACAUGGUAGAAGAAGUACAGCAGUCCAGGAGAGCUGCAAGCGACAGAAAGAGAAUGAUUAGCAAACUACAGACAGCAGACAGGCUCAGAGAUGGUUGGGUGCAACAAGCUUGUUGCACGCAAUGUUACCGCACUCACAGACAAAGGUGUUUGCCCUGCUAAAGACAAGAGGUGCAGAAAGUUUAACCGGAUUGGACAACUUGAGGUGGUUCGCAAAUCAGUAUCUAUUGUUGGAGUAUCUAUUGUCAGGAAAUGCAUCUCGGCAGUGAAAAAGAGACACAAGAGGUGUCUUUUAUAGGGUCUGUGAUUUAACAGUCCAGUACUUACAAAGAUUGGCUAGUUACUCUUACAGAGAUGGGUGCAAGGAUUGCUUUUAAGAUUGAUACGGGAUCGGACAAUACAUUCAACAUUGGGUCCACUCAAGAAAAGUAUGAUCAGUGACUGGAGACAGUAAGAGCAUCUGGACUGAAGCUGAACAAAGAUAAAUGUCACUUUGGGAAAAUGGGACUGUGCUACUUUGGUCAUAUUAUCAGUGGAGAUGGCAUUGAGCUAAAUGCAAGUAAAGUUCUCGCUAUCGAGAAAAUAUGAAGCCCUCCUGACAAAAUUGAAUGUAGACAAAAACUGGACUUUGUGAAUUAUUUGGACAAAUUUCUACCAGAAUUAUCCUCAGUGUUAAAGAAGGAUGCUGCUUGAACCUGGGGACCUCCAUAGGACGAAGCCUUUGCACUGGUCAAGUCAUUGUUGUGGUCUACCUCUGUGCUGGGGUUUUAUGAUCCUUCUAAAAAGAUGGUGGUUAGCGCAGAUGCUAGCAUUUAUGGUCUAGGAGCAGCCCUGUUGUAGCUAAAUGAAGGCAAACUUGCAAAUCGCAGCCCAUUACAACUGCUCUCGUACACUGAUAGCGGCAGAAACAAGAUACGCCCAGACUGAAAAGGUGUGUCUGGUUGGAGUUUGAUCACAAAUCAUUAUUGGCAUCCAGGUCAAUUUCAUCUGGGAAAUAGGAACAGAUUAAGAGAGUGUAAUAAAAUCGUUCUUCCGUGUGUUUUUCCAAGUUGGUUGAAAUAAUUAUUUUAUGUAUAUUUCUUCUUGGGUAAAAGACACGCCUGGUAGAUAUAUGUCUAUAUUAACCAAAAGUACUAAUACACAAUCUGACUUACAGUUUCUUCAGGUUUAUUCUUACAGUUACGGAUACAUAAUAAAACAACAAAGGGUAUUACAGGAUAAUGGAUGUGUAGCGGAGAGCUGGUAUUACACAGCCUAUCUCCACUUUAGAUCCCAGGGAGGUUCAGGAACAAGCAAUAAUAAGUCCAUAGGGUAAAGUAUCCAGCAGGCAAAAUAACACAGCAGUAUCCCAACAGCAAUCCCAAUAACUGGACGACACACAGUAUCAGGAGCAGAACUAAAGAUUUAUUCAGACAGUGGCCUUAUAAAGCCUGCUCCCAUGCAAGGGAGGGAUUUCCAUUCAUUUGUACAGUAGCCAAUCCUGCUCUGGUAACCUCCCACACAUCUCCUCCCCUCAGCCUGCAUCAUAAUCCCCUUAUCCAGGACACCAAUUCCCCCCGUUUCUGGAUGUACCCAUAAACCUAGGGGUACCACUUUAAAUUAUACAUCCCCUGGUAGCCCUGAUCUGGGUGAACAACAUAUCCAAAAAUCCCCCAGAUCAGACCAGGGGUUCGGGAAAUUUAUGGAGGGAAUAAAAUGACCGACCGCACUGGAAAGAACAGCCGAAUGGGGUUCCAUGCGAUGGGGCCCAGCGGUCGGUCCUGGAGUAAGGGAACAAACUGCACAAAAGCCUCCAGCUACAGAGACUAGGAAGGGUUCGCCUGAAUCCCCUCAUUCGGUUGUUUCUAUCUACCGAACGAGGGGCCACUCAGUAGUUUGGAACCGAACGGACCGGGCUUGUGGAGGUCUCAGCGGUGUUCGCCUAGUUGAGUGUCCGAUUUGAGUUCCAGACACUCGACGGCAAAACACCGCUGUUCGGGAGUUUUAAAAUGGCCGCUGCCAUGUGUUCGUUUCCCGAAUGGCGGCCACCCCCGAGAACAAAGGACUGCUACUGAGCUUGUCAAUUACCCGUUCACAACAAUGUUGCAACGGGUAAUUGAAGGCACACUUCACACAGGGGAGGUCUGACUGUUCGGUAGUUUCAUUCAAACAAACUAAGGGAAUGAAACUACCGAACAAUCAGACGAAUACAAUACAUUUAACACAUAUAACUUUGCCAUUUUACACGAAUGCAUUCAAAACAUAUGUAAUUCUCAGGACAGCCCAGUGCCAUCCGCUACAGGAUGUUCAACAGCAGAUGGUAAUUGCUGGACUCCUGAAGGAGAGUUAGACUCUACAUAGUUAGAGAACAGCCUGGACAAGAACCCCCUUGCAGCAAGCAGCAGGCAACAGCAAGACCUUGUGGUCCUUUGUCCACUAUUCUAUAUAGAUAUGACAAUAAUGAUGUCAGACUAUAACCCUAGCCAUAUAAGGACAAGUCCCCCAAUCCAUAUCCCAGACUUCUCAGACAAAGAAAGCUUUGUGACUGUGACACCAUCUGUUACUUAUAUAAAUUCAGACAUCCAUACAUAAUCAAUAGAAAAUUCUACAGAGAAAGAUACAUUGGGAUACUGAUCUCUGAUCAACUGAAGUUAAUAGCUACAUAUAAUGGCUGGCCUAAGAGCCGAGCAAUGUGGAUGCUGCUGAGUGCUUUCUAGUCAAACGCAUCUCACAAAAUUGGAUGCUUUUGUGCUUUUUUAAAGACCGUAUUGUCAUACCUGCCAGUAUGCGCAAGAAACAUUAAGUCAAAUUCAUGGUGGCUAUUUGGGGAUUUCUAAGUGUAGAGAAAGACCAACCAUGGUGGUGUGGUGGCCUGGAAUCAGCACAGACAAUUAAGCCUCUAAUCUCUACCCCACUGACUACAGGCCCCUGGCAGGAGAUAGCUGCAGAGUAGUGUGAACCCAACGGAAAAAAAAAUAUCUGGUUGUGUAGACUACUACCUCAGAUAUCUCGAAAAUGCACCUUUAGGUGAGGCGACAAGCAUGGCUGUCAUCACCCGUCUUAAAAGCAUAUUUGCCAGGUGGAGUUAACCAUUGGAGUUUGUGAGUGACAAUGGAAUGCAGUUUACUUUUAUGGAGUUGUGAUGAAAAGCACCUUGGCCCAAGGCUCAAGCUACAGAUGACCGGAUGACCAGUCUGUUUUUAUUAAAUUCGCUAACCUAGAUUAUGAUAUGAUUUGAACUUUACCCUAGCUUUAGUGUCUGAAAAGUAAGCAUAAUUUCUUUAGUUGUGACAUUCUGUGAUCUCUGAGGUUGUCGAUUGCAGCUUUUACCCUCAGCCCCCCUUCUUAUGUUCUAACUAACUUCAUGUUUUUUUAUAUAUAACCAUUGAAAUAUGCUUAGUUCUGUAAAUUCCUUUUAUGGUACAAAGUGCCUUCAAGCAUCCUGGUUUUGUCGCUCAAGUCUCAAAGCUAUAUUAUCUUGCUCUUGAAUAAAAAAAAAAGUGGAAGCUUUCUUUGAUACACAAACACUUGUGGUGUCUGAUUGCUUCUCCGAGCGCGCUUGAACUAACAAUUUGGUUUCCCCUGAACAUAUCUUUGGAUUAUAUUUAUCCAUGACAGAGUUAAGACCUUUCAGUAGAGAGUAUGAUUUUUUUUUUCACUUUACUUCCAGUUUACAUUACCUGCAGGCCAAUGGAGUCGCUUAUAGAGCGGUUCAAACCACCAAGUUUGUUUUGAAGAACCAGAAAUUUACUUGGCAUUCUUAGCCUACAGGGCAACUCCAAUUAAAGCUACAAGAUGCAGCCCUGCACAGCUGAUGUUAGGGUGACAGAAUCGUACCACAUUGCCUUCUGUGGGGGGGGCAUUAAAGCUUCCUCUUUUCUUCCAGAGGACAUUCGUAGGAGGGAUGAGAAGGCAAAGCAGAAUUACAGAUUAUUUUACAAUAAAAGACACUCUGAAAACCCACUGACCGGAGCUGUACCUGGGCCAAAGUAUCUAAAUCAAGUUGGAUGACAAAAAGAGGUGGAAAGUACUGGCUACCCCCAAGCCAAUGUCCUAUGUGGUCCACACAGAAGAUGGACUGUUGCCCACCGCAAUAGAAGGCACCUUCAGCCAGUACCCUAUGAGUUAGGUGAUGAGAAUUUGGGACCACAGGUGGUAGAAUCCCAGGUCAUGAUAAGUAUACCUCUUUCGAGUUGGUGUGGAUCCAACACUGCUUCCAGUGGAGUCACAACCACUCUCACAAGGACUCAGGGAAGGUCCUUGCAAAAUUACUUUGAGUGGUAGAGUUGUGAAGCUUCCAGCACACUACCAAGUUGAGCACUGCAGUUAGAACAGUGACUUGAAGAAUGGGCAGAAUAAUCCCACAGUAACUGUGGACUAGUGUAAUCUAAUCUGAUGUCCAAGAUAGUAUAGUUAUUUUUUCUUCUGUUUAUAUGUUUUGUUUGUCUGCUAAAAAAUAAUAAUAAAAAUGGGGAGAUGUGAUGAGAGCCUGAGUGAAAUCACAGAAAGGGGGCAUAGCGGGAGGUUGCUGAGGGAACUGUCAUUUUUCAAAUGUAAUGCCGGCUGCUGAAGAUGGUGACUCGCCUCAGGUUAAGCUCUGCAAUAAGGACAUGUUGAAACCAGCUCUCUUUGGUAUAUUAUUUUCAUGACACUUACAUUUCAGUCCCCACUGUGCUGGUCUCCAUGGGGAAACUCCACCCUCUUUGGCUGCGAUUAUCAGUGUAGAUGAUCUCAGCCAAUGCAGUGCUUUCCCAUUGUGAAAACAGGAAAUAUUUGGGAGGCUAGUAAGCGUAACGCAAUUAUGGAUGUGGAAGCACCUCUUGUGGCUGUCAGGAAGAAAGCCACUGGAGCUUGUUUGAACUGACAGGGGCAUUGCACCCAGACCACUUCAAUUAUAUAGUUUAUAUAUGCACACUGCAAUGCCCCUCAGAACAAAAUAGGGUAAUUACAAACCUGUCUCCUAUUAGCAAUGCAUUUGAUUGUAAAUAAAUCACUGUAUGUAUAUUUUAUAAAUUAUUGGCAGGUUUCCAGCUUUGAUAUUGAACCCCGAUACGCAAUUAUCUUGUAUGCUUCUGAGGCAAUCCCAGUUGUCCGUCUGUCUGACGAAGAGAGUGUGGAAGCAGAUAAGGUGAUAGACAAACUGGAUGAGUUUAAGUAUGGAGGUUAGUACUGUGCGAUUUCCUUUAGUAAUGUAUAGCAUACUGUGUUAGUCCAUGUAAUACAGAGAUAAAUAGUAUUAUACCAGGAACUAAAGGAAGAGAGACUGUUAGCAAACAGGAAGCAUGAAGUCCAAAUUCUACACCUAUUUUUUGGUUAUUUUAUUUUUUUCAAUUGAUAUUUUGUGCAUGCAGAUAAGUUGUUAUUUGUUUGACACAUUAAUUGGAGGGACACUUAUUGACUGAUUUUGGUUAUACAAUUACGAGUCAGUGGUGGCUCGUGGCAUUUCAAGACUGGACACAUGGAAUUGACUCUGCCACUAAAUGUUUUCAGUCAUGAAAAGGAAUAUGUCUAAAUGGCAAUACUGUUUCCAAAAUAUGUGUAUGAUUCCAUGUAUAGGGAAUAAAGCAUAUAAGCAUUUUCCUAUUACGGAGUUAAAUAAGUUGGUCAUUUUGAGGCAAAAUUUAAUUUACACGUGUAAUACAGAAUUUAGCCACAAGAUGUCAUCAAAUUAUUACUUUAAAAAAAUAUUUUGUAGUAAAAUGCUAGAUAGAAUUUCUCUAGCAAAAAAGCAAACAAUAAUUAUUUGAGAUUUUUAGUUAUAAAAAGCAGAUCGGCAGCAGGCACCUCAUGUUACAGCCGUGCCUGCCAUCGUGGACAUCGGAAAACAAAAUUAGUACUAGAUGCAGCCUGCUCCCAAGGCCAGUGCUUGAGACCUUGGAGGGCGGUGGGAAGCUUGGUUGGGGAACCAAGGGGUGGGGACAUCGGGGGUAGGAGCUUGGAGAAAAGGAGAUAGCUGCUGGGGUAGGAAGCGAGAGAGCCAGACACAUACCUUACAGGGACACUAUAGUCACCAGAACACCUACAGCUUAAUGAAGUUGUUCUGGUGAGUAUAAUAGCUCCCUUCAGGCAUUUUCAUGCAAACUGUUUACAUUGCCUCUAGGGACACCUCCAAGUGGCCACUCCUUAGCACUGGAGGUGCUUCCUGGCUCAGGGCUGCACAGUAAGCAGCCCUGCCGUUCAGGGCAUUGGGAAGGCUGAAUUUUCCUCAUAGAGAUGCAUUGAUUCUAAUGCAUCUCUAUGAGGAGGUGCUGAUUGGCCCUGCCCCGUGCCCAUGGGAAAGCAUUGGAUUUGUUAAAAAUCGGCACUUUUGAUGAUGUCACCAAGGGGACAGGUCCAGCACCAGCAGACCAGUGGAGAGCUGGAAAUAAGGUGUUUAAAAUCCAUUCUGAGGGGGUAAGGGGGGAGCAAGCCACUAUAAGGUCAGGAAUACAUUAGCUUUUGUAGAUGAGUAAAAGAUUUUUCAAGUACAUGUUUUUUUCAAUUUUUCACCAUAUUUUAUUAUUUUAUUUAAAGUAAAUUAUAUGACAUGAUACAAAUAAUGGUAUGUAAAGAAAGCCCCUUUUGUCCUGAAAAAAACAAUAUAUAAAUUUGUAUGGGAACAGUAAAUGAGAGAGAGAAAAAUUACAGCUAAACACAAACACGACAAAAGUGUUAAAACAGCCCUGGUCCUUAACAUACAACAGGGCCAAAACAGUCCGGUCCUUAACGUACAACAGGGCCAAAACAGUCCGGUCCUUAACGUACAACAGGGCCAAAACAGUCCGGUCCUUAACGUACAACAGGGCCAAAACAAUCCGGUCCUUAACGUACAACAGGGCCAAAACAAUCCGGUCCUUAACGUACAACAGGGCCAAAACAAUCCGGUCCUUAACGUACAACAGGGCCAAAACAGUCCGGUCCUUAACGUACAACAGGGCCAAAACAGUCCGGUCCUGAAGUGGUUAAAUAUACACAGGGAUUUUGGAUAGUGCUCAAGUAACUCUUUUCUUUGGUUUUUAAAAUCUCAAUAAAUGCUAUAGAGAAAUGUACAUGCUAUGGAUAUGUAAUUAUAUGUAAAGACUCAAGGCACAUCAACAAUCAAUAAAAAGAAAGCAAACGUUAAGAGACAUGAUAACAAAUAUAAUUUAUCUUUAUAUAAAUAAAGUGCAUGUGUAUAUUUCGAAUGUUUAGACAAACGUCUAUUUUCCCACAAACUUCCAUUGAGAUAGCAAACAUCCUACAUUCACCCAUAGACUUCCAUUGAGAUAGCAAACAUCCUACACUCACCCAUAGACUUCUAUGGAGAUAGCAAACAUCUUACAUUCACCCAUAGACGUCCAUUAAUAAAGCAAACAUCCUACAUUCAUUCAAAGACUUCCAUUGAGAUAGCAAACAUCCUACAUUCACCCAUAGACUUCCAUUGAGAUAGCAAACAUCCUACAUUCACCCACAGACUUCCAUUGAGAUAGCAAACAUCCUACAUUCAUCCAUAGACUUCCAUUGAGAUAGCAAACAUCCUACAUUCACCCACAGACUUCCAUUGAUAUAGCAAACAUCCUACAUUCAUCCAUAGACUUCCAUUGAGAUAGCAAACAUCCUACAUUUAGUCAAAGACUUCCACUAAGAUGAAAACAGCCUAUAUUUUCGUAUAAACCUGGCUGUGGUUGGUUAUGAUAAACUGUAUGAAAAAUGGAAAAAAAAAAAGAUACCGUGAAAAGCUGUAUUUUUGGAUGCCACAUUAAAACGAUCCUGAACUUACAAUAGCCAAGACAAGUUUUCUCUAACUUCUGUUGCUAUAACUGCAUUGGCAUCAACGAAUACAAACAAAAUUUUAAAAAAUUAAAAUUCCUAACUGUUCUCCUCUUUCUCACCCUUUUAGCUCAUGGAGAUAAGAAGGGAACUAACAUGAAAGCUGCCCUUCAUAGUGUAUUUGAGAUGUUGGUUUUGCAGGAGCUAAUAGAAAAAGAACAAUUCAUGAAGAAACGAAAUGUCAUUCUGCUCAUGACAAAUGGUAACACACAACAACAUGUUACACCAAAACUCACACCGACAAUGAUUUCCAAACAGCACCAUUCACCACCACCUGGCUUUCAAUCUAUGAAUUUUAAAAGCACAUUAACAGGGAAUAUAUACCACAGUUAGACAUCAACUCUUACUAACAAGCCUUCACCUAGCUUACAUAUAGAUAACCAAUGAUAGACACUGCACUCGAGGGCCCUUUGGACAAUCAUCUCUGAGUACAAUAAAACUGGAUAAGAGUUCUGGGUUGUUAAUAUCAGUUCUGUGCAUAAAAGACAUCCGUCAUCAGCACACAUACGAUGCUGGUUAUAGACAACCAAUGAUGGUAUACCCCCCAGUGCCACCCUCACUCCUUCCUCAUCAUGGCCUCAAUCCCCCCCUGCAGCGAGGCGGAGUGAUAUCAGUAAGGAAGGAGGAAGAGGUGGGGAGAAUGUUUCUACUUUAUAUAAGACAAAACGGAAUAUUUGUCUUGGACAUUUACACCAUUCUUGUACUAUAAAUAGUACAAACACAAAUAAGGUGCGGUAAACCAAUGGCGCUUUGUGAUAUAAGAUAGAAAGUUUUUUAGUUCAGCUGCUAUAGGCACUCAGUGGAUACUCCAAAAACCCCACUGUAAUAGAUAGACACCAAAGCAAACAAAUACUUAAACAGUGAGUGGGUACAAAAAGACCUUCUCACUAUUCAGUAAAUAGUGCAGCGCUGUGAGUGUGAUAUCAGAACAAGUGACAUAUUCCUGUAAAAUAAACAGAGAAAAAAAGUAUAUAGGGUAAUAUUGUUUGGUAUCAAUUAUAAUUGGGUAAAAUACAUUGAAUAGAAACAAACUCACAUUUUAUAGAGCCUUUUAUGGGGAUACAGGCUCUAAACACUUCUGCAUCUGUGCCUUUAAGGUAGGCAACAGCACCUAAAUGGUGAACUUUGUUCCUCUUUUUCCAGCAAGUAGUUUAUCUCCCAAAAAGAGCAGAUUAAACUUAAAACAUUGGUGGACAAUAUAAAACAGUAAUCAAUGCUCACCUACUAGAGAGCCUUUUAAUAACUGGCUCUAAGUCUAAAAGGUAUGUGUGUCAAAUUUGGCAGGCUGACACUACCCACAACCGGAUCCAAGGAGCAUAAGUAGGAGGUAGAGGUGAGUAUAUAAAAAUAGAUUUAUUUAAAACAUAUAAAAUCAAAAUGUAUAUAUGUAUAAAAAAUAGUAGACAAUAAAUAUGUCAAAGCUUCCUCCUCUCCUCUCGUACCAAGACGCGUUUCGCCUUUAGUGUCGGCUUCCUCAGUUGGUAUACUGCUCUUCCCUCAAUGUCCGGUUUUUAAAUGUUCCAAAUCCCCGCCUUUUUCGUGUAGUCUGAGCGGGAAAUCAGCUGUUUCUUCUUUCCAGCCGUAAGUGCCGUUGCAUCACUUCCGGUUUUUCUCUAGAACUACAAGUCCCGAAAUGCUUCACUUUUUCAAUCGUUAGUAAUGGAGCUUAGUCCCAUAGAGUGUAUUAGUGCAAAUAUUAGUCCAUAAUAAGCAAAAUGUAUUGCCAAAAAUACCUCACAAAGGGCAAAAAAGAUUAUUAAAUAUAUAUAUAUAUAUAAGAACACACAAAUAAGUAAUCAUAAUAAAUAGUUUGAAAGCAACUUUUCUGAGAAUAUUGCACAACCAUUAUAUAUUAUAUGUUUUACAUAUUAAUAAAAUCAUCAUAAACCAAAAAGUAACCAAUUUGCGUAUAAAUAUGCACUGAAUUGACAUUAGCCAGCUCAGAAUGCUUGUUCCUCUAUUGACAACCCACUGCCGGAGGUGGAGUUACGCCUACACACACAAUGAGCCACAUGUUCAGUUCCUUUUAGCACAUGGGUACUCAGCUCAAAUCAAAACUCCUCCAAACUUUCUCAGAUGCUUAAUUACAUUGCUUUCUGUUUGUCUUUUCAUGGAAGCAUAAUAUGGGUGGAGAACCUAAAGCAGAAUUAGACAAAAUCAUAGUUUUCCUGGAAAUUGGAAAAUCACGUGAAGAUUUUCUGGGUAUGAAAAGAAUCAUGUACCAGCAACAGUAUGUAUAAUACUAUGCAUAGACAGCUGCAAAUAUACCACUUAUAAUAGCACAGCCACUAUGUGUAUAUUCCAUAAACUAUACCUUGUACAUAAAAAUAUAUUAUAUAAACUAUACUAUUUAGCCUAGGCUCCCUAGGCUUGAAGGAAAAUAUAAAUUAAAGAUAGGAGGCAAGUAUUAUGCAUUAAAGGAACACUAUAGUGUUCGGAAUUCAACCAUGUAUUCCGAAUACUAUAGUGCUGGCGUAGCAGUUUCGGUUCUGGGCCCUUCACAGAGUGGAGUUAAAUGUGUUUAAAAUGACCUUUUCUCCAUUGCCGCGCUGGUCUUGCCUUGGCUGGCCCUGCCUUGAUGAUAUCAGCGAAUCCAAUGCUUUCCCAUACAAACGCAUUGCACUGCAAACAUCACCUCAUAGAGAUACAUUGAAUCAAUGCAUCUUUAUGGGGAGCAUUCAGCGUUUCCAUUCAGAGCACUGAGACUCUGAACACCAAUGCUGCACAUUGUGCAGCACUGGAAUAGGAAGCAACUCCAGUGGCCGUCUGAGUGACUGCCACUAGAGUUGUUACGAGGCAGCAAUGCAAACACUGCCCUUUGGCUGAAAAGGAAGCAUUUACAUUAAAAAGCAUGCAGGAACAUGCUAUAGACACCAGAACAAUACAUUAAGCUGUAGUGGGUCUGGUGACUAUAAUGUCCCUUUUCUACUGUCUUUACUACUCCAUAGAAGCAAACAAUGAGUUAAUAAACAAGUUUUAAAAAAACCACAGUAGGUGCAACCAAAAAUGAAUAGGAUGUUUAUAAACACGGAGCCUCCGGAUAUUAUAUAAGGCACACUCCUAUCACUCUCAUCCUCUUUUGAGCUGCUGUAAAUUAAGUGGAAACACACAACCAUAACAUAAAUUUAACUGGAAAUAAAACUAUAAAGAACCAGUGAAGAUGCACCGAAUCAAAGCUUGAAUUUUAUGAUAGACAGAAGGCUCCUAGUAUGCAGAACAAUAGCCAACAAUACUUUAUUAAGGUAGAACUAUUGUGGACACAUAGGAAAUCGGUUUAAAAUAAAAAGUUUUAAAGAGAAUAUGAAUAAUAAUCAGCAGCUUUUAAAGUGUCUGAAAGGAACCCCCUGCUAGAAAAAUUCUAGAAAACGUGGCUCCCCUGGUAGAAUGUGCAGCAAAUGUGAUAAUAUCAAUACCUGCUAUUUGAAGGAAUUAAAUUUGAACCUUUUUAAGGCCUUCCAAUCCCAUUUAACCUCCUCCUGGGCUGAAGGUCUCUUCUAUUGCACAAAAUAUGCUUUGAUUCACAUAGUUCUUGGCCCUUAUGUUGAAUAAUGUCUUAAGAGCAUUAAGUUAAAGUGACAGGAUGGUCAAAGCAAUAAUGUCUCUUCUGGGUGGCCUUCCCGGAUUUUUUUUUAGUCUCUUAGCUAAGCUGUGUUCCGAUUUCUCUGCGGACCAAAAAUGAUCGGAUGGAGUAACAGGAGCUUGAUUUGGAAAAUGGGACAUUGGUUAAUGGCUAACGCAACAGGCAGACUCCUACAUUGAAGACAUAGUUGACAGGAUUGCUGCUGAACCUAUCUUAUUGAUAGAGGCAUCCAAUACAUUUUGAAGUUGGUCUUUACUAACAAAGUCACAAUCACAUAUGUAAUAACAUUUUAGUUGACAAGAGGGACACUAUAAUUUCAGCGGUGUGAGUGUGGGUGUGGCAUAGGGCAAGGCUAUUCUGAAAAUUUUUAGGUGACAUCAUAAAGGAACACUAUAGUGUCAGGAAUACAAACAACACUAUUUCCUUUAAAAGAUGAGUUUACUCACCUUUAUUCCAGCACCGCCCCUUCACUAGCACUUUAAAGGUAUACAGCACUCCACUGUUAUCUAUUUGUUGUUUGAAGUGCUUUAUGGUUGUGGAGUAGUCCUUUAAUUAUGGUGAAAAAGAGCCACAAAAGCAAGAUAAAGGGUGGGGGGAACCAGAGGGAGUCUGAAUUUAAUUGGAUAACCGAAAAAUAACAAUGUGUCACGGUGUAAUACCAAAACACGCAGAGUAUAGGAUAGAAAGGGACAAGACAGGGAUAUAACAUAUUACCGGGCCUUAGAAUGGCCGGACUUAACGUUAGACAGAGAUAAAGCGUAGUCAGACACGAAAAGGGGUCAGGGUAACGGAGAGACAGCGAAAAUGAGAACUAGCCAGAGUCAGGUACAUGGUAAUCAGUCAGACAGGCAAACAAGACAGGAAAGAGUUAAAGAUAAACUCAGAGUCAAGAACAAAGCCAAGGUCAAUACCAGAAUAAACAAAAUAGAUAAUGGAACGCACUAAAGCGUACUGAAACAUUACAUAGAAACAUAGAAUUAUUGGGCAGACUAGAUGGGCCGAAUGGUUCUUAUCUGCCGUCACAUUCUAUGUUUCUGUGCGUGGCUCAUGUGUAGGCUGUAGUGCUUAAACCAUGCGCGGCUCGAGCUGAGGAGCCUAGCCGGCCCCUGGAUAAGGUAAGUACUGCCACACAAUGAUAUUGCCGCAGACUUAUAAACUUGAUAUGGACAGAACUAAAAAUAUAUAUAAGAUCAAUAAAUAUGUAAUUGAGCAAAUGCACGUACUUAUACUGAUGCAGAAGCAGCAAAGAAAAAGGAUGAGCGCUAUAGACGUGUGCCUUAUAUCAUAUCUGGUGGCUCCUGAUUGGUUUAUAAACAUUCUAUUCAUGUUUGGUUGCAUCUGUGUUUUUUUCCAUCUAACUUGUUUAUUAACUCAUCGUUUGCUGCUAUAGAGUAGUAAAGAGAGUGUAAUAGGAGCAUAACAUUUGAAAUUUACUUUUAAUUUAUGACAAGUUAUACUUUAGUGAAUAAGCCUGCAUUGCCUACUAACCAGCAAUGCAAUUUUCUAACAAGCUAGAAAUGUCCAACGUGUUUGAGCCUGUGCAGUUAGAGCACGUGAAUGACAUUUUUGCUCAUGGAACUCACAGAUCUCUCUGUGGAAGGGGAAGCUCACACUGAGCAUGUAAUAUGUAGCUUUGACACAUGGAGGCUGCUGGAGUAGGGAUGUGUGACUUUAGAUUUCCGUGCAUCCUCCAUCAGUGGGACCUGCACAGAGGGACAGAGUAUCCGCAGAAAUAAUGAAUGAAAUGAAUAACUAAGAGAUGUUGGCUCUCCUUCCACCAAUUACAUUACAGGGCUGGAGAACAUUGAGAUUGGCAAUUCUUACUUGCUGCCUUCCUUCUCCCGUACUGUACUAACAGGCAUCCCAAUGUAACACUUGGUAUAUCUAUACAUUAAAGAACGAUGGGAGGCUGCAGCCCACAAGAUCCUUUACAGCCCUCACUUGCUAUUGGCCCAAGGGUCAAUUUCCCCCCUGCCCGUCUUACAAGCCCUCUCAUGUCCCAACUGGUUCACUCCUGUGAUAUUAAUUGCUGUGUUAUUUGCAGAUGUUUAUGUCUUUGGUUGGGGGGCAGGCAUCGAUUAUAAUGAAUUGAAUCUUCUUGCAUCAAAGAAGACUAAUGAGCAGCAUUUAUUCCGCCUUCAGGAUGCAAAGAGCAUGAAGAAGGCGUUUGACAUCAUGAUAGGUACAAAUAGCAUUGUGCUCCAAUCUGUUACGUGGCCAGUCUUGCAUGGAACACAUUCUCUGUAUUUUCUGUAUGUAAGCUUUCUCCUCUCCGUUUCUCUCCUAUCUCACAUGCACCCUUUACACACACUUAAUAUUCUCUAUCACCUUCUGAUAUAUUGCCUUCACACAUAACGGCAGUCCAGGUAACCUAACCACUACAGAGACAUGAAGCCCAUUUUAAACACCCUCUGCUCUCUCUAGAAACAUAGAAUGUGAUGGCAGAUAAGAACGAUUCGGCCCAUCUAGUCUGCCCAAUAAUCCUUACAAGCCCAAAUUUACACCCAAUCAGCUCAGUGUAACCUAUACUCACUAUUUACGCACAGUCUCAGGCCCCCAAUUGCCCUUAUUAUGGAAUAUAGUUCAAUGGUACCCUGAAACACUAGACAGGGAACUGUCCUCUUCCUGAACAGCAUGAGUGCAUCAUUAGAAGUGCCCACACUGUGCAUGUGCUCUAGGCCCCUGCAGAUAGUUGGUUUCCAUCCAAACUGCCGUUUGGACCAUUGGUUUCCAUUCAAACUGCUGAUUGGACCAUUCAAAUUUCAUCCAUCCAAUCAAGUUAAGAUAACUCCUUUUUAUACCGGGCAGAGAAUACAGUCUGGUUCCCACCUGAUGAGCCGACAGACGAAAUGCGCGUCAAAGGCUUAAUAGCUUACAUUAGCUACAUGUUGACUGGGACACAUUAUUAACAAUGAAGUAGGAAUGCUACACCCUGAAAUCUUUGGCUGCACCGACAAACGGGACACUGUAGUAAUACCAAACGUGUCAAAUCAACAGCCAUACACAACCUCUUCAUCUCAAAUUCUUUCACACUUCCGUACCCAUCUUUAAGAUUCUGCAGCCUGUGGGCUGAACAGACUGGCCCUUCUGUGCUUCAGUGAGGUGGCCCUCACAAAUCACGUUAAUGGCGACGCCCCCCAUUCAGGCCCAUCCACCCCAUCCACCUCGUCUUAAUCUCAUACCUCCCAAUGUUGGAACUCGGGUGGUAUGCACUCUGCUUACUCUUAUCCUGCUAACUAGUCCCUAUUUACUCACAAUAUAUGGCUCUGGGGAUUAAAUGUCUGUUCAGUGACCAAUCUAAUUUCUUCAUUGCUACAGUCUGUCAUUGACCAUCCUCCCACUAAUGAUGACACUUUCUCCCCCAGAUGAGACAGAUGCUAUGGAUAUGUGCGGACUCAACAAAGAGGUUAUAGAUGAAGUUUUUAAUGAUCCAAAUACUGAUUAUAGAACACGCAAAACUCUUGUCAACGAAAAGUUCCCUUGGAUUGCUAAAAUCACCAUAACUGUAGGUAUCCUGGAGAAAUCAUGCACUAACAUACAGAUAUCUCUACAAAUGUCAUUUAAUAACCAACACCAGUGAUGUUCUAACCAGAGCGCCGUGCUCAGAGCACCCCCUCCCGCCCCAAUGAGUGCCGCUGGGGAUGCUGCACAGAGGGUGCCUUCUAUGUGGCUGUUGUAUGUGGUUGCAGAGCAGAUAGUGAGGGGCUGCUAGGAUUACUGUGUACUGAUAUGUCUCUCCCCACACCUGAUGCUGGGAGCUGGGAUGUCACGUUACUGCAGCCCCGGCAUCAGUACAGAGCUACAGGGAGCUGGGCAAUAAGUACAGAGAUCCCAACAGCAACCCACUGGACCCUAGGGAUGAGCUUCCGCUCCAGUUCAUUUUACGGUAAGAAUAGUGAGGCUGGGUUGACAUCACUGGGAGAAAAAUAUAUAUAAAGUGAAAAUGAAAUGAAAAUUAGGUCUGUGUAUAUGAAUGCAUGAGUGUAUGGCCUUGUGUGUGCAUAUAUGUGUCCUUGUAGAUGUAUAUGAAAGAGAGACACACACAACAAAUCUACAUAUGGUGGGAUGCCAAAGUACAUUGCCGCCUGGGUAACCUAGGUAAAUCUCUAACCCACACACUUGCCAUCUCUCAUAUAUUUCAACAUUAACUCAUGAUGAUUGUAAUACUUUAACAUCUUUGUAAGAAUUUUUGUGUACUGUUUUUCGAGAACUGGUAUAAAUCAAAUACAAAAUAGAAACAUUUUUUAUUUAAUAUAACUAAUAUAUAACUUAAACCGUAAAGACCCUUAUUUAAUAGCCUUUUUCUGUGUAUUGAGUUACAGUUGUUAAAAAUCAUUUUAUUAAAAAAAAAAAAAAUCCAUGUAUAACUUACCAGCUGAGCGACAGUCUCAGCCAAUCGUUACCAUUAAAAUUUGGACAAAAUUGACAUUGCUGACGCUGACGUUACGCUGUUCACCCUUAUGCUGACAGACAUUAGACUUCUUACUGACAGACUGAAAGACAUUAUUGAACUUACUGAUGACCAUACAUUCUUUUUAUAUUUUAUCCUCUAUCGUCCUCUAGCAUCCUGGGACACAAGAGUUUUGCAAAGGAUCAAUUUUGACCAAAAACUUUAUCCUGACGGCUGCGCACUGCUUCCAUCUUGAUGAAGACACAAAGCAUAUUAGAGUGCAAGUUCGAAAUGGUGAGUGCCCAUUCUUUGUCCACCAUUCAGCAUGCCAACAUACAGUCAGAAACAACUGCUAACAUGGGUUUAUAUCAGGACCAUUAAUAGACACAAUCAGGUUUAUUCUAUAAAGUGUAAUGUAUCGGAAAUUCAGAGUGAAUAGCCAGUUUGGAAAAUAAAAAUGUUUAGGUUUCCAUUUUUUUUGGCCCAACACAAUAUACACUUUAGCAAAUAAACUUCUAUCACAUUAAAGUCAUUAAAAUAGUCAAUGAUAGUAUAGGUUUUCUGCUUAACAACAAGGUACAAAAUCUCAAUGAUAAAUUGGAGGCAAUUUUGCAUGUCGGUAUUUUAUUUUCUCUGCACAUUGUCAAGGGAAAAUUACCAGAACCUAAUAAAACUCUACCAGGUCAUUUCAACAAACAUUGGAUGUGAUUUUAUAAUUCUUGCUUUUUUUGUCAAUGAAAAUAAUUGGUUUCCAUUCAAACUGCUGAUUGGACCAUUCAAACUGAAUCCGUGAUAUGGUUUUUGUACCGGGCAAAGCACACAGUCUGGUUCCCAUCUGAUGAGCCGACAUGUGAAACGCGCAUCAGAGGCUCAAUAGCUUUCAUUAGCUACACGUCGACCGGGACACACCAUUAACAAUGAAGUAGGAAUGCUGCAACCUGAUUAUCUUUGCCUGCACUGAUGAACGGGACACUGCAGUUAUACCAAAGGUGUCAAUACAAUUACAAGCAGUUGCUUGUCAUUGUACUACUCACUAGUAUCUUAGGGAUAGCAUUUUUAUUAAGGGGUGUCCUCGAAGGCACAAUAGGGAUAACAUAACCUAGGACUAUUAUGGGAAGCACUCCUUGGUUUCUCCCCCUUUACUACUAGUGCAAUUUUCAAAUGGAUACUAGAUAGUAAAACAGAUACAGUGUUACACAAUAUUUGGCAACAGUAUCGUCCUCUAACUAACGGUGCAUCCUGCCACUGUCAGCCUUACUACCCCCCCUCCCACACCAACUGCCCCCACCUAUACUCCCCCUUCCCCUCCCCUCACCGACACAACCAGAGACAACACACAAACACAAACACGAUCCAGAGCAAGACACAAGUAGGGGCGGUGCCCCUGACAACGCUGUGGAGCAGGAGACGAGCGAAACCCACGAUAUCGCUGGGGAUCAGGAGGUGACAAGUGGGGUUAAAUGAUACACAAAAGGGGAAUUCUCCCAGAAAGGCGGAGAGCCGCCACGGACAAGAGAAGAUACAAAGCAACAACACAACAGGGUGAAAGGAUAAAUGCUGUUCUGGACUCAACUCCCCUCGAUUCUCGAUCCCCCGUCACCACAUCAAUUGAUGGGAGAUCUUGAUUGGAAAAUAAGACACACAGACACGAAAGAGUGCUCAACAAGUUCUCAAUGAGUAUAUUUUCAGGGCUAGCAUUUAUACACAGUUUGUCAUGCAAGCAGUGAGAUCUAUAGUGUCCUUGUGGUUAAUAGUACAUACUUGUCGGACAUGAAAAAGAUAAGCAUUUGGAUGAAGACGAGACAGGAACAUCCUAAGGUCAAGGAAGGUCAUACAUCCUGUAGAGGAAAGACCUUGGUACAAAAUACAUCUGCCAAAGUCAGCAUAAUUAUUUCAAACAUUAUUUUAAAGCAUAUAAAGCAAAAAGAGUUAACCAUUUCACUUCCUUACAUCCCCCUCUUUGAGCAAUUAAUUUGCUCAUAUCAUUGAUAAGAUCUUCCCAGGUCAGAGAAACUUCCACAUGGUAUUUUCAGGGGUGCUAGUCACUCCCUGCGGGACUUUCAUUAAUUUCUUCACCUCGAUUCCCAUGUGGUAAUUCCUAAGGCCCAGUUUUAAAGAUGGGUUGAUAGCCUCCAGUGGCAGAGAGGAGAAUUUCCAAUUGUUUCUGUUCUGCAUUAUGGAUUAAUUUCUGUAUUCUCUUCCUCAAUGUACAAGUAAGAUGGCAGUUAUAUAAAAUCAUACCCAAUACAAUCAGGACUAUAAUAACAAGAGGAUAGAAGAAUGAUUUCAUUAUCUGGGAUCCAGUAGGGGACCAACCUGUAAAAGCAUCGUACCAAUGAUGGGCUAAAUCAUUCUGAAUUUGUGAACUCACCUUAAGGAGUUCUCCUUUUAGGAUAUGUGUGGCUACCUGUGUGUGUACUAUAGCAUCAUUAUGUGUAACAAGAUGUUUAAACAUAUUUUGUUUUCCUUUCAUUAAGGAGACAAUAGUCUCAAGAGGUAGAUGGUAAUCUUUAAAAGGCAGAGAGCCUAAUAGGGCAUUAAUAUGUUUGUCUAAAGUGAUUGUGUUGCUGAAAUAAUAUUGGGUGUCAUUAAGAUCUAACCAGGUAACAUUAGUCAAACAUCCUGAAAAGGGAAGAGGUAGAUUAAUAAUUGUAUUACUAGUAAUUAUCUUUGUAGGGAGGUUAGUUGCCAAACAGAUAUGUCGUGUGCUUAUUUCAGUCAUGGUAAAAUAAUUUUCAGGAUAUAUGUGCCAUAUGCACUUGUUAAGUUCAUUUUGGAGUAAGCAUGGUUCAUAAAUAGGGGACGAGUGUCGACAUGCAUAUCCUUUGUCAGUGAGAACACAGUGUUUAAGGGAAUAGGUCAUAUUAUCUUUGGGGAAAAUAUAGUCCCCUGUGUAUGUGGGUGCCCACCAGGUUAAAUUCCUGGUAAAGAGAUCAUAAACUGGUACAGGUAAUGUGUUAAAUUGACAAGCUAAUUUAACAUCCUUUGAUGAUGUAUGAUAUAGUGUAAAAUAGCAUGAGCAUGAAAAAUGUGAAACAUUACCAGUUAACCAUUCAUUGCAUUUAGUGGAUUAGGGUUUUAGAAGUAACCAUUCAUUAUCUGUGAGGUCAAGCAUCCCUCUAAUCUUCUCUAGUUUAGGAAUCAUUAGUGUGUAUUCUAAUGCCAGUCUUUGUUGUUGCAUCCAUAAAUACCUGAUGGCACAAGUACUCCAGUUACCAAGAUCUGUAGUGAAUUUCAUAGUUGCAACAGUUAAAUUACCUAAAUAGUUAUACAUUGAUGUAUCUAAAUCCAAUCCUGUAACCUGUGAUUUAACAACAAUUGGAGCCCAGUUUGCAAUAGCAUGGAAACCAGUCCCUAUAUGCAUGCUGGCCGUGUUUAACUUAUUCUUGAGGGUCUCCAUGUCUAUACUAUUUAGUAUACCCAUAGUGGUUCCAGCGCCUCCUAACAGUGUGUCAUACCAUUCCCUUUUCUGCCUUUUGUUUGCUGUGUUACAUAUUGUUACAACAGGAGUAGUGAUUUUUAAUGACACAUGUACAGCUUGUAAGAAGGCAGUUGUAUUAACACAUGUGGACGGAAUAGGUGUGUGUGUGUCGUGGUUGACUUUUGGUUCUAUGAUAGUGGAUGAAGGACAGUAAUAAGGUGUAAAAAUAUAAGAUAGUGUACAGUUCUCAAUCGUAGUGUCGUUCAUAAUGACUAACAUUUGUCCCCUUUUCCAAUUAAUGGUACCAGUUGUAUAAUCAUUAUUAAAAAUAAUAAGGCCUGUCUGUUUACAUUGAUAUGCAACCUUACUAAUUUUCUUAUAAUAUAUAUCCCAAACCUGUUUAGGUGUUUUUUUUUUUACCAUCAGAACUUAUAUUAAAUAAGGUGGCACAGAUGCUGGUGUAAUUAGCAACCUUAACUGUGCACAUUUCUGCGUUAUAAGAUCUAACAAUUUUCCGUGAACCUUCAAACAAACAUAAUGCAUCGGUUUCAUUAGCUGUGGACACAUUCCAUAUGGGUAACUGGUACUUGUAAGGGUUAUUAUUUAUCCAGUUCAUCCAUAUGUGUUCAGUCAAUGAGUGCUUGCAUAUUACAUGCUGAUAGAUAGGUGGUGGAGAAAGGUUCUUGAGGGAGCGUGUGUGACGAGUGCUAGAUGAGGGGCUAAGGCCUAAUUGGGCUGGGGGUAUUGAAGAAUUGUUCAUCAUGUCAGAGUCAUUUCUCCAGAAACAAACAGGUUUCAAACUUCCCAUUGACUUGUACUCAUAAUGGCAUUCAAGGAAUAAUAUCAGAGGGAGUAUAACAACUCCAGAAAGCAUAGCGCACAACAUAAUCUUGGUCUCAGGUUCGUAUGAUCCUCUCAAUCUACGAUAUGGUGUGAAAGCCAUGAUGCUUCGCUAAGGGGAAAUUCUUCUCUUUCCGAGUGAGGAGUGGUGUUGUCUUCCUUGGUUCCCCUCUUUGGACACAGCUUCACUCGGGAUGCGUGAAUCCAGAUGUCGUGGGAAUCUGUGAGGACAGCGGUUCUGGUUACAGCAAUCACAGUAGCAGGUGGUCCGAAAGGGUAUCCUCCUUUCUUGGUCCUAUUCAGCUGACGGAUAUACACCUUGUCACCAGGCUGGUAUGGAUGAGUAGGUUCCUGUGAAGGUAAGGGAAACUGCGAAGAAACAUUGCCAUAUAUACCAUUCAGUUUUAUCAACAAUUCCUGUACAUAUUGUUCUUGUAUUAGCUGUAAAUCCCCAGACAUUAUAACAAGCGGUUCCCUGGCCCAGGGUGUGGGAAAAGGUCGUCCCAUCAGAAUCUCAAAUGGAGAUAAUUUAGUCACCUUGUGAGGAGUCAUUCUUAUCUCAGCUAAAAUAGCUGGAAGAUAUUUUGUCCAAUUUACCCAUGUUCCUGCAGUAGCUUUCAUAAGCUUCUCCUUAAUGGUCCUAUUCAUCCUUUCAACUACCCCUGAACUCUGUGGAUGAUAGGGUAUAUGAAACUUCCAGGUAACUUGCAAGAAUUUAGCAAGUUCCUGGGUAACCUUACUAGUAAAAGCCGGGCCAUUAUCAGAGUUAAUCUGCAGAGGGCAGCCAUACCUGGGAAUAAUUUCAGUAGCAAGAAUCUUCACUACCGUCCUAGCAUCCUCCCUAGAUGUCACAAAGGCCUCAGGCCAUCUACUAAACUGAUCAACUAUGACCAGUAAGUAUUGCUGUUUCUUACCAAUUUUGGGUACAUGAGUAAAAUCAAUCUGUAAGUGUGUAAAAGGAGCAGCUGGAGGGGGCAAAUGUUCGUGCUGUGAUUUGUGUGGAAUAUUCGGAUGUGUUCUCAUACAUGGUUCACACAAUCUAACAAAAGACUGUACAUGCUGCCUGAGAUUCCUAAUAUAAAAUGAAUUCAUGAGGAAUUGGAUGGUACUUGCUAUGCUCUUGUGGCCAGGACCAUGGGCCUGACUGAUAAAGAUAAAACAGCUGGUUUUAGUUUGGCUUUGUAAGGGGUGCAGUUGACAAAUCCUACAUCUAACUUAGAUGAAGCCCACACAGAAGAAGGAACAUCAGACAAAUCAAUAGUUUCAGAACACAACAUAGACACAUCAAUACCACCAGAGGGCGUGCAAAUAAUAGUAGCUCCCAGAAUACCAAGAAGAUCCCUUCCCAGCAAAUUGACAGGACAUUUAGAUAUUAAACGAAAAGGGUGCACGGUAGAAGAACCAUUAAGAGGACAAAAAACAGACAGUGGUGGUGUGACAAAAGUGGGGGUUGACACUCCAUUAAUACCCAAUGAAGGUGAAGACUUUUCCCUUGUCCCCUGAUAAUAGGUAUCACAGAGACUGGAACACGUAGCUCCAGUAUCUACCAAAAAUGGCAAGGAUCUACCUUCUAUGACCAGAAUACAAAAAGGCUGAUCAUCAUUAGUAGAGGACAAAAGUGGAAAAGUUGGAGUGUCACCUUCAAGGCAGCCCUAUUGGGGCCAUGGGAUGUGAUGGGUGUGCUGGUCAGUGGUACCUGUGAAUGGCCCUAAUGCAGUUUGGGUUUGCUGGAGGGGGGGAAGAGGGAAGUGCUGGCCAGUGGUGUUGGGAGUGGGCCUGGUGUUGUUCUUGCCUACCGGGCGUAUUUUGAUAAUUGUGGGGUUGUUGGGGCUGCUGGGGUUUCCUGGGGUGUGGACACUAAUUCCUCCAGUGACCAUGCUGGCCACAGUUGAAACAAGUGUUCCUGUCUAUUCCUCCUUGGUUACCCCUGCCCCUAUAACCCUGAUUUACCUGUCUCCAUCCCCUUGCCCCUCUUUGACCACCCCUUCCACAGGCUCUAUGUGCUCCAUCCCAUCCUCUCUCUCGGGCCUGUGUAGGUGGACAGUGUUGCAAUCCCUGAGCAUAAUAAGCAACCUUACUUCCUGAAUCUUUUCUUAAAUCAAAACAACCUGCAUUUUCCUUCUCAAUAACCUUGGUAAGAAAAUCUGAGCCACCCAAAUUGGCCCAGUCUGAAAUCAACUGUUUCACAAGCAAAGAAUACUGUGGCAACAUAUUACCAAGGCAUGACUGUAUUUUAAGGAGAUCCAUAUCAUCUCCAGACUUCAAACCUGCCUCAUCCUUCCAACACUUGUAAAAUCUCUUUACAAAAACACCAAUCUCUUCCUUUGCACCUUGCUUACAUGCCAAAGCAGUGGAUAUAGACUGCUUAUUCUUCCAUAAUCUCAACAUUUCAGCUUCCACCUCAUCCCACAUUUUAGCACAUCCUGCUGAAGUACUAAGCUCAUAAACACCAUCACUGCCAGCCACUCCAACUCCAGUACCGUUGUCUGUCUCACUGAUAGAGGGUACAUUAGACCAAUUCCAACCAGAAUCUGAAUCAUACCCUAAUAUUCCAUUUAUAAUUAACUGUAUGUCUAUCUGUGUCAUGUUCUGUCCUAAACACAUUCUUUUCAGAUACAUUAGGCAUGCAGAGGGAUUAGUACGGGGGUUUGGGGCACCUUGAAUAAUAUCCUUGAGUACUCCGGGAUUAAUGGGUUUCAUUAUUAACUGAUUACCAACAGUCAUAAACGGGGCAGUAAGAUCAGCACCUUCUAAUUCUGGCAUCUCUACAUCAUCAUCAUCUUGCUUAUGUACAUAUGAUUUUAACACCUUGCCACUUUUAAGUUUAACUCCUGUUUGUACUGUUAAUUUAACUGUACCAGGAGGUGGCAGUGGGUAUUCUAUAUCAGAAUCUGGUGUAGAUGAUGAUUCCUGUAAUUGCUGUGAUUGUGAAUUAACAGCUGCAGCAACAGAAAUAUCCUCUAUAUCAUCCUCUGAGGGAGGUGGGGGUUGUGGUUGGGCAUGGCCGGGGGCUAACUGGGUAGGGGUCACAGUUGGUGGUGGAUAUAGAUUAUCAGGAGGGGCUUCUAUAGAAAAGCAAAUAGUAUUACUGUCAACAGUUCCCUUUCUCUUAGCCAGGUGUUUCUUAGCUCCCUUUAAAACCUUUCCUGUUACACUACAAGGAAACCAAUGAGGGGCUAUCAGCAACCAAUUUUCACCUCCUGCUUUCAUAUAUUCCUUAUCCCAAUCUGGAUCAGGACCAUAUCACGGCCAUGACUUCCUAUCUCCCAAACACAAUCCUCGAAUCAUAUUCAUAUGAAAAUCAUCAUUAGCCCCAGACCUGGGAAAAGGAUCAGAUGACUUCAUAGUCUCUGUCCAUCCUGCUAAAUUUGACACAAAGGGGAUUGUAAGAAAUCCUCCUUGUGCUCCUAUUCUAGUAACAUAAUUUAGACAUGGCUCCCCUGGGUGGGGUAAAGGGUAAGAAAUAGACUGAUUAUUUCCCAUAUUUCUGGCUCAGGGUAGAGACACUACCUACUUACCAAUAGUGUGUCUCUACUUAAAAAGCAAAAUAAACACAAAGCAGACACAGGGUGACCAAAGGAACGAGAAGUUUGGGUUAUUCUAGAUCUAUGAACCGUGUUCCCUAGAACACUUAUAGUAUUAAUAAACCGGAGACUCCUUUAUAGUCUCAAAACCUGUAUCUACCUGAGAUACCCUGUAUCUAUCUUAGAUACUAACCUGGGUUACCAAAACCCUAUAUAUAUUUAGACCAAAUGUCUAAUAAACCGGAGACCUAUUUACAGUCUCAAUAUAACUAAGUCCUUAUACCUUUCCUUUCUACUGGAUACAGACUUACUAAACCAAAGGGGGUCAUAGACAAUUAGCGUCAAUAAGACACAAAAAGGCUACUCACCCAAUGGUUUUGCUGAUCCCACUUCUGACACCAAGCUGAAAGGAUAAAUGCUGUUCUGGACUCAACUCCCCUCGAUUCUCGAUCCCCCGUCACCACAUCAAUUGAUGGGAGAUCUUGAUUGGAAAAUAAGACACACAGACACGAAAGAGUGCUCAACAAGUUCUCAAUGAGUAUAUUUUCAGGGCUAGCAUUUAUACACAGUUUGUCAUGCAAGCAGUGAGAUCUAUAGUGUCCUUGUGGUUAAUAGUACAUACUUGUCGGACAUGAAAAAGAUAAGCAUUUGGAUGAAGACGAGACAGGAACAUCCUAAGGUCAAGGAAGGUCAUACAUCCUGUAGAGGAAAGACCUUGGUACAAAAUACAUCUGCCAAAGUCAGCAUAAUUAUUUCAAACAUUAUUUUAAAGCAUAUAAAGCAAAAAGAGUUAACCAUUUCACUUCCUUACACAGGGGAAACAUGGGACUUCACUACUGGCUGGGCCACACGAUACACCACCACCACAUGUAUAGAUGGAGGGACAGAUACCCACAGACAUACACCGAUCGACACAGGAAAUGAAACCGGGAGACAACCGCACCAACACUAGACCGAACAAACACAAGGUUCCACCUACCUCCACGAGCAAGGAACUCACAUAGGCAAAACACACAACAAUUAGAAAAGGCCACACAUGCGACCACUACAUACCACUUGAACAAUAACCAUCAGGAAAAUUGCAAACUAGAUGGAGGCAAUAACGAACACAUACUCUUAGACGACAGAGACGUGGAGAGGGAGACCGCAGGACUCAGGAGAAACCUAGCGAAUCGCUAGGAACAUGGUCCAGCGAACAGAUAUCAAAAAUAUAAAUGCAUAAAAGGAACACACAAUACUGACAUCUAGGUUGGUACGACUAUCCCCCACGAUCCCCAAGACUCCAAUAAACACGGGAACCCAGGGGACUUAGGGCACAGAGUUUUCCAGGGUAUAGCCAGAUAAUCCUACCGACCCCACCAGAAGAUGCACAACACCCUGAGCACAGGAACACAAAUCAGGAAGGGGGAAUUACAGCAGGAAGGAGAACGGGAUGAGAGGAAGCAGGCAAACGUGCCGAAACACGACCUAAUGAAAACGAGGCCUGCGAGCCCUGUGGGAGUAGGAACAUGAUGUCAAACUAGAUGCAUUGAUAUAUAACAUUAUGCAUGAGACCUGCGUGUCUCCUCACCAAAUCUGCACGCUUGUAAACAUCUGCAUUUUCGUCGAUAAAAUUCAUAUUUACGAAAAUGUCUCUUUUUUGGCUAUUUUUGUUUGGUACUGUAUGGGUAGCUAUUACCCUUUUAUUCUCUGAUCUAGUUAUAUGUCAUUAGUCUCCUGUCAGAUUGAGGAACAGUCUAACUUCCGCUAUUCUACCUUUUGUCUAGCAAAUAUUCCGAAUCCUCCUGUCCUUCUUCUUUUGUCAAUUAAUAUGUUAGGAUUACUGCCUAUCUAGGAAGAUUUGUUUAAUUGGCUCCUCUCUUUUAAUAAUUCAGUAGUUGUUUCCUACAUUAAAAAUAAAUUAAUUUCACUUUUUAUUUAUUGAGCCACAUGUUGUUCUAUUUUGCCUGAUAAACAGGGGGCACUUUAACCAUCAUGACCACUAUGGCUGUGUCACACAUUUAACUGCCUCUCCUGACACCUAUAGCCAGCUCACUCUCCAGCCGCAUUGAUAAUUCCAUAUUACAAUUAUCCAUUCCAUUAAACAUGGACAGAAUUGAAAGUCUGAGAACAUUGGGCUAAUCCACCCCAUUAAGAGCCGGAAUAUUUCAAUCAUAAUAAUGUAGUCUGCUCCUAUGGAAAUAGAAAACUCCACUAAUUUAUCAAGAGCAGAGUUCCAUAGAAAUCUUAGAUCUUCAUCGAUCAUAUAAAUAGGUGAAACAUUCCAUGCCAGCAAUGGAUCUUUAUAGAUGGUUAUGGCAGUCUGAAGUAUGAAAUUAAAGGAUUACUAUAGUGUCAGGAAAAAAAGCGAUGUUUCUGACAAUAUAGUGCCCUAAGGGUUAAAACCCCUUCAGCAGCUUACCUUAUUCCAGCGCUGGGCUACCUCGGUGCUGGUGACCUCUCCUCCCCCGCCGAUGUCAGCUCCCACUGCCAACGUCAAGCUGUCAAUGUCCGGAAGACAGCCACUAGAGGCUGGCUUAACCCCAAAUGCAAACAUAGCAGUUUCUCUGAAACUGCUAUGUUUGCGUCUGAAGGGUUAAAACCUGAGGGACCUGGCACCCAGACCACUUAAUUGAACUGAAGUGGUCUGGGUGACUAUAGUAUCCCUUUAAAGGGUUUGCAAGGGUGAACUUGUCAAAAGGCAGCCAUUUAUCUUGCAUUAUAGGUACGAUUGCACUACAGAUUGCAGGGUGGUGGCGGCUUCAGAUCACUGCUAGGAUACUGGACACUCAGGGGACUGGAAGCAAAGAGGACAAAGGUAUUAGAAAGUGAAAAAGAGCUGGGUACAUUGGCUUUGAGCUGACAUGCACGAGUCUCCACUUUGGUAUCUUUCCUUCUUUCUCACACAUGUUCUUUGUUUUCUGUUUUACAGAAAGCCUGCCUGUCAAAAACCUUUACCGACAUCCUCAGUUUGACCGAAAUGCCAAGAAGGAUAAAAGCAUAAAAAAUACAUUUGACUAUGAUAUCGCACUUCUCGAACUAGGUCGGAAGAUUUCCUAUUCAUCAACAGCCAGGUUAGAGAGCAGCAGAGAUCCUUUUAAAGAAAUCAGGCCAGUGGAGGAACUACCAUGAUUUCAGGGGUCGCAGCUGCGACUAGGCCCGUCACUCCAGGGGGCCAGGUUGCCCUGUCAACCCCUGCUAAUGCACAGGGCCGGACUAGCCAAGCAGAUGUCACGCUCAGUGCUCAGCCCCACUGGCCAGGGGUGUGCAGUUCCUGGACACAUGGACAACAUGGGGCUUGGGGUAGGAUGAGACACAUAAAGGAGCUGGCAAAUAGAAUGAGACACACGGGCCUAAGGGGAAUGAGACAUAUGGAGGAGGAGAACGAGUCACAUGGAGGGGAUGAGGGGGGAUGAGACACAUGAAGGGACUGGGGUGAGAAUGAGACACAUGUAGGGCCUCAGGAGGCGGGAUGAGACAAAUAGAGGAGAUGGGGGAGGAGAAUGAAACACAUGGAGGAGCUGGGGGGGAAAUGAGACAUGUGGAGGGAUGGGUGAAGGAGUCACAUUGAAUGGAUGGAGGGGAUGAAACAAAAAUAGGGCCUGGUGGAGAAUGAGACGCACGGAGGACCUGGAGGGCAAAAUGAGUCACAUGGUUGGCAUGGGGAUGGGGAGAAUGAGACACAUGUAGGGCCUUGGAAGGAAUGAGACACAUGGAGGGACUUGGGUUGGAUGAGACACAAGGAGGAGCUAAAGAGGAGCAUGAGGCAUGUGAAGGAUAAUGAGACACAAGGAGGGGUUGGGGAUGAGAAUGAGACACCUUGAGGGGAAGUUGAAGAACGAGAGGGAGGGGAGGUUGAGACACUUAGAGGACCUCUGAGGGAGAAUGAGACCCCCAGAGGCAAACAUGGAGUGGCUGGGGGGCAGGGCUCGAGUCCUGCAGGUGUUUCUGCACUUGAACGCUGUUUUAUGCCACCCCCAAGUGCUCCCCCAUGUCAUGGGGGGCCCAAGAAGUGGCCUAAUGGCCACCUGAUGGACCCCCCGCGGGUGUCUCUCACCCUGUCUGAUGCGGCAAGGGAGCUGUGUUCUCUCUGCUCCCUCUCACCGCGCGCCGUUUGCUGAUGCUGGGAGCUGGAAUAUGACGUCAUAUUCCGACUCCCAGCAUCAGCAGACAGCCUGCGCUGCGUGAGGGAGCAGAGAGAACACACCUCCCUCGCCGCGUCUGACAGGGAGACAGACGCCCACCCCACUAGACCCCAGGGACAGGUUCACACCAGCUCUCUGGGUAGGGAGGCUAGGUGGAUAUUUUUUAGUUAAAAAAAAAAAAAAAAUCUGUGUGUGUGUGAGUGUCUGAGUAUGUGUCUGUGAAUGUAUGUGUGUGUGUCUGAGUAUGUCUGUGAGCAGGGCCGGUGCAAAGAAUUUUGGGUACAUAGGCGAAGAUGCAUUUUUCCGCCCCCACCAAAAACAUCUUCACCCAUGUGCCUCUUAACCUCCCUUUUGUGUUUCUUAUCCCGUCUUUUAAAUAUCUGACUCCCUUUGCCUUUGUGUGUCUCCUAUCUCUCCUCUUUGUAUGACUCUUACAUCCUCCCACAUUUUGUGUCUUACUCCUCCCAGCCCCUUUGUGUGACUCCUUUUCUCCCAGCCCCUUUGUGUCUUUUAUUCUUCCCAGCUCCUUUGUGUGUCUCUUUCCUUCUCAAGCCCCGCAGUGUGUUUCUUUUACAUCCAGCCCCUCUCCCUGUCCCUUAAUGGUCCCCUCCCUUCUCUGACCCUUACUGUUCCUCUCCCCUCUCCCCUCCUUUCCCUGUCCCUUAGUGUUCCUCUCCCCUCCCCCCUCUGUUCCCUGUCGCUUAGUGUUCCUCUCCCCCCCUCCCUCCUUUUCCUGUACCUUAGGGUAUCUCUCCCCUCCUCUCCCUGUCCCUUGGUGCACCACCCACCCCCAUAGUGGUCCCCUCCCCUUCCUGGUGUGCCUCCUACCUUUCUUGUAGCGUGGCUGAGCGGAGCGAAUCCCGGUACAGUGAGCUUUUCCUGUCAGUCCUGCUAGGUACAGGAAACAGAAGUUCCUGUACCACGGUACACUCCGCUUGGCCACGCUACAGUCAGGGGUGUAGAAACACUGACAGUCACACACACUCAAUGACAAACACACAGACAUCUCUGACAGCCAGACUCACUUAUCUGACACACUCAUUCAUUGACAGACACUCACACGCACACUGACAGACACACAAACACUGACAGACUCAUUGACAAACACACACUGACACACACACACACACAAACUCACAGACACUGACAGACACACGUACUCACAUGCACACACGCACAUACUGACAGACACACUCACUCACACACACACUGACAGACACACUCACUCACACAUAUACACUGACAGAACCACACACACACACAUAUUCACAUGCACACACACACACUGACAGACACACACACACACACUGACAGACACACUCACUCACUCACACACACACUGACAGACACACUCACACACACACACACUGACAGACACACUCACUCACACACACACUGACAGACACACAUACUCACAUGCACACACACACUCACAGUAAUUAAUAAUCUAAAUUAAAUAAAAAUUUCCCACCCAGCCUCCCUACCUGGAGAGCUGGCGUGGGUCUCUCAUUGGUGGUCCAGUGGGGCUGCUGGGAGGCGUGCGGCUGAAUUGGAUUCCGAGGUGGCGAGGGAGCUCUGAUCUCUCUGAUCUGCUCCCUCGCAGGCGGUUUACUGAUGCCGCGGGAGCCGGAAUAUGACGUCAUCAGUAAACAGCCUGCGAGGGAGCAGAUCAGAAAGAUCAGAGCUCCUUCGCCACCUCGGAAUCCAAUUCAGGGUCACGCUGCGCCAGGGAUCCAGAAGGUAACCUGGCAGGAGGGAGCAUUUCCCUCCUGCCGGUCACUGGAAUUUUGCGCCCCCAGAGCCGGUGCGCCCUAAGGCAGCCGCCUGUACCGCCUUAUGGACGCGCCGGCCCUGUCUGUGAGUGUAUGUGUGUGUGUCUGUGAAUGUAUGUGUCUGAGUAUGUGUGUCUGUGAGUGUAUGUGUGUGUGUAUGUGUUUCUGUGAGUGUGUGUGUGUCUGCGUAUGUGUGUCUGUGAGUGUAUGUGUGGAUGUCUGAGUAUGUGUGUCUGUGUGUGCACGCGUGUAUGUGUGUGUGUAUAUAUGUAUAUAUAAAAGUGUAUAUUUUUUGGGGGGGGGGUCAGGGGGGAUCUUGGGAGAGUUCCCACACUUUAUUCCCCAGGACUUGACCCCUGCUGGGGGAUGAGUGAGACAAAUGGAGGGGUUGGUGAAGAAUGAGACACAUGGAGUGGCGAGGGAAGAAGGAGAAACAUGAAGAGCACUGGGGGAGAUUGAGACACAUGGAGGAGAUCUGGGGGAGAAUGAGACACAUGGAGGAGCUCUGGGGGAGAAUGAGACACAUGGAGGGGUUUGACAGGGGUGAGACACAUGUAGGGGCUGGUGGUGGAUAAGACCAUUCUUAUACUCCACAGUAAUUUUUGCACCUUGGCCCUAUGGUUUCUAGUUACACCUCUGUGUUGUGCUGUAUCUACUGUGCAACAUGUUAGCCUCUCCAUUACAUUGUUUGAAAUCACAGACUAUGAAAUACUUGCUCUGUUCCACAUUAAGCCUCGUAUGAAAGUGGCACUGUCACUAUGUAUGAAAUCAAGAGACAUACAGAGACCAAGUAGAGACUAGUUUGACUCCGUAUUCCUCCUCCGCCUAACAUUCUUAGACACUAGGUGAAGACACACAGAGUCAAUUCCAACAGCCAUCACUGGUUACUGCUGCAGGGAAUUGGAUGUGUCUGUGGAGGAUCCAGCCAUCUUUUAUGCAUAAUAGUACAGCAGUGACUUUGGCGCUGAAGAGAUCCCUGCCAGAUAAAAAUUGUGGCACCUGCGAGGGACAGAUUUAGGUAGGUAAACUCACCUUUACCCGCACUCUCCGGCCACCAGACCACCAACAGUGAUGUCACCUUUGGGGGACUUUACUUAUUUGGCAAAAUCCCCAAAAGGUGGCAGUGUUGCUUUAACUCAUAAAGAACCUUGGCAAAACACAGUCGUCACAAGACAAACCAAAUAUAUAUUAUAUAAAGUGGGAGAAAGUGGCAGAAUGGUUUCCAAUAUUAUUUAUAUUAUAAUUUUCGAAAUCACAUGCAGCUUGAAAAGUCCAUGGACCGCAUAGCUGCAUUUUGUGAGUAUGUGUAAGAAGUGUACAAAAUAAAUUUAGUAGCUAUUUUGCAACACCAAAAACCUGUUUACAUACUGUUCACAGUAUGUAAAAAAAAUGUGAAAAAGGUUAUCCUCCAAGGUGUACCUCACAGCAACACCACAAAAAUAUCUAAUAUAAAAAGAAAAAAGGAGGAAAAAAAUAAAACAUAUUUGUAAAUAAAAAAAAUAGCCUUAAAGAGGAAAUAUGGAUAUGUGCAAAUCCAGUGGAAAAAUACAUUUACAUCAAUCUAGAAAAUUUAUAAACACACCACACAUAGCGUAAUACAGUAAAAAAAAGUAGCACUCUCCAAAAGGAUGGAGAACAGGAACAUAGUGAUUGAAUAAAGGAGGAUAUAGAACAGGAACAUAGUGAUUGAAUAAAGGAGAAUGGAGAACAGGAACAUAGUGAUUGAAUAAAGGAGGAUGGAGAACAGGAACAUAGUGAUUGAAUAAAGGAGGAUAUAGAACAGGAACAUAAUGAUUGAAUAAAGGAGGAUAUAGAACAGGAACACAGUGAUUGAAUAAAGGAGGAUGGAGAACAGGAACAUAGUGAUUGAAUAAAGGAGGAUAUAGAACAGGAACAUAGUGAUUGAAUAAAGGAGGAUAUAGAACAGGAACACAGUGAUUGAAUAAAGGAGAAUGGAGACCAGGGGCAUAGUGAUUGAAUAAAGGAGAAUGGGGAACAGGAACAUAGUGAUUGAAUAAAGGAGGAUGGAGAACAGGAACACAGUGAUUGAAUAAAGGAGGAUGGAGAACAGGAACAUAGUGAUUGAACAAAGGAGAUCAGAAGCAGCUAAGUAGCUAAGAUGAAAUGGUGUCAGAUCAUUGACUAAUAAAAAUCCUUUUUCCACAGAGGACUUUUUAUUUAA